AUGAGAAGAGCGGCGGCGACAAGCAGUGGAGCUCAAGGAGCGGAUUCUGGAAAGACAACUUCCACAGGACCAACAAUAGCCAAGGAAAAUGGACCGACAACGCCGAGCCCUCCAGUCAGCCCUACGACCCAAAUCGCCCCGGUGGAUCUGGAAGAUGAGCCACAGUCCUCCGUCACAGACGCCACUCAGAUGUGGAUGAAAUUUGCCAAGACCUUCAUUGUUAUUUUUCCCAUUUAUGUGUUGGGAUAUUUUGAGUUCAGCUUCAGUUGGGUUCUAAUAGGGCUUGCCAUCUUUUUCUGGUGGAGAAGAAAUCAAGGGCAUAAAAACAACAGACUGACCCGUGCCCUGGCGUUCUUGGAGCAUGAAGAGAAAACUGUCAAACUAAAUUUGGCGACCUCUGAGAUGCCACCAUGGGUAAGAAUGACAUUGUUUUGUUUUAUUGAGUUAAACAUUUUAAAGUUACCCACCUUUUUCCCGGUUAGUUGUUAGAGAUGAAUGGUACUCCCCUAUAUAUACAGGGAGUACCAAUACCGAGUCGAUGUGCAGGGGUACGAGGUAAUUGAGGUAGCUAUGUACAUAUACAGUGCCUCGCAAAAGUAUUCGGACCAAAGUGUUACAAAGUGGGAUUCAAAUGUAUUUAAUUGUCAUUUUUUGUCAACAAUUUACGCAAAAUACUCUGUAAUGUCAAAGUGGAAGAUAUUAUUUUUUAUUUUAAUUUUAAGAUUAGUAAAAAUGGAAUAACUAAAAUAUAGUUGUUGCAUAAGUAUUCAGCUCCCUGUGUCAAUACAUGUUAGAAACACCUUUGGCAUCGAUUAGCAGUGAGUCUUCUUGGUUGUCUAUAAGAGCUUUGCACACCUGGAUUGUGCAAUAUUUGCCCAUAUUUUUUUCUCUCAAAAUUCUUCAUGCUCUGUCAAGAUGUUGGGGAUUUUCAAACAGAUUUAAGUCAAAACUGUAACUUGGCCAUUGAGGAACAUUCACUGUCUUCUUGGUAAGCAACUUCAGUGUAGAUUUGUCCUUGUGUUGUAGGUUAUUGUCCUGCUGAAAGGUGAAUUCCUCUCCCAGUCUGGUGUAAAGCAGACUGAAGCAGGUUUUCCUCUAGGAUUUUGCCUGUGCUUAGCUCCAUCCCAUUUAUUUUUAUCCUGGAAAAGUAUUUGCUGAUGUGAAGCACACCCAUACCAUGAUGCAGCCACCACCAUGCUUGAAAACAAGGAGGCAGUUACUCAGUGAUGUGUUGUGUUGGAUUUGCCCAAACAUAAGGCUUUGCAUUUAGGCCAAAAAGUGUAUUCCUCUGCUGUUUUUUGUUGUUGUUGCAGUAUUACUUUAGUGCCUUAUUGCAUACAAGAGUAAUGUUUUCGAAUAUUUUUAUUCUGUAUAUUCUAUCAUUUAGGUAAUUAUUGUGGAGUCACUACAAUGUUGUUUAUCCAUCCUCAGUUUUCUCCCAUCACAGCCAUUGAACUCUAGCUGUUUUAAAAUCACCAAUGGCCUCAUGGUAACAUAACUGAGCAGUUUCAUUCCGGUCCUGCAGCACAGUUCAGAAGGACUGUAUCUUUGAUGUGUCUGGAUGGUUUAAUACAUCAUCCAAAGUAUAAUAAUUAACUUGACCAUGCUUAAAGAGAUAUUCAAUGUCAGAUGUAUUAUUGUUACCCAUCUACCAAUCACUGCCCUUCUUUUGAGGCUUUCGAAAGACCCUGGUCUUUGUAGUUGAAUCUGUGCUUGAAAUUCAAUACUUGACUGAGGGACCAUACAGAUGUUCUAUGUAUGGGGGACAGCGGAAGGGUUAGUCAUUCAAAAAUGUUGUCAACCCCUAUUAUUUCACAUAGUGAUUCAAUGUAACUUAUUAUGUGAUUUGUUAAGGCACAUUUUACUCCUGAACUAAUUUAGGGUUUUCUAAACAAAGGGUCUGAUAGUCCCACUAAGCCCAAACCAGAUGGGAUGGUGUAUUGCUGCAGAAUGCUGUGGUAGCCAUGCUGGUUAAGUGUGCCUUGAAUACUAAAUAAAUCACAGACAGUGUCACCAGCAAAGUACCAUAACACCUCCUCCUCCAUGCUUUACAGUAGGAAAUACACAUGCAGAGAUCAUCUGUUCACCCACACCGCGUCUCACAAAGACACGGCGGUUGGAACCAAAAAUCUCCAAUUUGGACUCCAGACCAAAGGACACAUUUCCACGGUCUAAUGUCCAUUGCUUGUGUUUCUUGGCCCAAGCAAGUCUCUUAUUCAGGUAUUUAUUUGCCUUGUAAUAGGUACUUAUUGUAGAUCUGACAGGUUUUGACAUUUCACUCUAAGUUAGGGCAAGUACAGGCAGCUUUGGUUAAGUAUAUAGCACAAUCAAUUCCAAACACAACUUGUCUUGGUUAAUGUCAGAAACCUGCUCCCGAGUCUGACAUUUAGAAAAUCAGUAGGAAGGAGCAAGCACUGUCUUUCAGGAGUGGUGGCAUUGAUUGUGAUGUGAUCCACGAUACAAUUGUUGGAGCUUUAUUCUAAAAAUGCAGCAGGCCUUGGUGAUGGUGAGCCAUGCCCUCCUCUAGACGACUAGGCUUGUGUCUCAAAUGGCACCCUAUUCUCUACAUAGUGCACUACAUUUAACCAGAGUCCUAUAGGCCCUGUGCACUACAAGGGGAAUAGGGUGCCACUUGGGACACAGGCAAGCUAGCUGUCUCAGCAAAUAUGCCUGGAAUGAGGCUUGAUAGGCAGUGUGGUAGUUUUGUGCACUGUUUUGUUAAAACAAGUUGACAGAAAGAAGCACACUUGCCAAGAACUGUAUUUUCUAUAUGUUUCUAUGCAGCAUUUCCUGAACUAUCUUUUUUAUGUCAUGUCAUAAUCCUUUGAGCAAUAAGCCUACAUCAUAAGCGAGGGUUCAGUAGAGUAAAGCAGAUGGCACAGCAAUUUAAGGUCAAAAGUUUUAGAACAACUACUCAUUCAAUGGUUUUUCUUUAUUUUUACUAUUUUCUACAUUGUAGAAUACUAAUGAAUAUAUCAAAACUAUGAAAUGACACCUAUAGAAUCAUGUAGUAACCCCAAAAGUGUUAAACAAAUUAAAAUAUAUUUUCAAUUUGAGAUUCUUCAAAUAGCCACUCUUUGCCUUGAUGACAGCUUUGCACACUCUUGGCAUUAUCUCACCAGCUUCACCUGGAAUGCUUUUCUAACAGUUUUGAAGGAGUUCCCACAUAUGCUGAGCACUUGUUGGCUGCUUUUCCUUCACUCUGCAGUCCGACUCAUCCCAAACCAUCUCAAUUUGGUUGAGGUCUGGGGAUUGUGGCGGCCAUGUCAUCUGAUGCAGCUCUCCAUCACUCUCCUUCUUGGUAAAAUAGCCCUUACACAGCCUGGAGGUGUGUUGGGUCAUUGUCCUGUUGAAAAACAAAUGAAAGUCCCACUAGGCCAUACCAGAUGGGAUGGCGUAUCGCUGCAGAAUGCUGUGGUAGCCAUGCUGGUUAAUUCUAAAUAAAUCACAGACAGUGUCACCAGCAAAGCACCCCCACACCAUAACACCUCCUCCUCCAUGCUUUACGGUAGGACAUUUAUUUGGAUUUGCAUUUAUUUGGGCUGCAAUUUCUGAGGCUGGUAACUCUAAUAAAUGUAUCCUCUGCAGCAGAGGUAACUCUGGGUCUUCCAUUCCUGUGGCGGUCCUCAUGAGAGCCAGUUUCAUCAUAGCGCUUGAUGGUUUUUGCGACUGCACUUGAAGAAACUUUCAAAGUUCUUGACAUUUUCCGGAUUGACUGACCUUCAUGUCUUGAAGUAAUGAUGGACUGUUGUUUCUCUUUGCUUAUUUGAGCUGUUCUUGCCAUAAUAUGGACUUGGUCUUUUACCAAAUAGGGUUAUCUUCUGUAUACCCCCUACCCUCUCACAACACAACUGAUUGGCUCAAACACAUUAAGAGGGAAUAAAUUCCACAAAUUAACUUUUAAGAAGGCACACCUGUUAACUGAAAUGCAUUCCAGGUGACAACCUCAUGAAGCUGGUUGAGAGAAUGCCAAGAGUGUGCAAAGCUGUCAUCAAAGCGAAGGGUGGCUAUUUGAAGAAUCUCAAAUAUAAAGUAUAUGUUUUGAUUUGUUUAACACUUCUUUGGUUACUACAUGAUUUCAUAUGUGUUAUUUCAUAGUUUUGAUAUCUUCACUAUUAUUCUACAAUGUAAAAAUAUAGAAAAACCCUUGAAUGAGUAGGUGUUCUAAAACUUUUGACCGGUAGUGUAUAUAUGUACAGUACAUUUGAAUAUCAUUUUAACAUAUUAGAAUAUUGCUAUUAUAUGAUAUACUAUGAAUCUUUAUGUUAUCACAUUAUGUUAUCCUUUGUGAACAUAAUGCACAAAAACAAUGCAGGUAGUAGUUGGCAGUUUUAAGAUUGGCAAAUUAGCUUUUUGUCUUCACUAAACAAAGAUGAUUUACACAGCAUUCAAAGUUUGAGACCUUUUGAAAGACAGACGAUUGAAAUCUGAGGGCAGAGCUCAGGUCAGCAUAAGUCAGGUCAUGACUGGCCUGUCUGUCCCUGGUUGACUGGGCCUUUAAUUAUUUUACAACAGGAUUGCUGGGCCGAAAUUAGGUAAAACUGUCAAGAGACAAGAAAAAAAACAGUGAAAAUGUAGCAACAUACAUCCUUCAAAAUAUAGGUCUAGUCCAGCGUUUCCCAAACUCGGUCCUCGGGACCCCAAGUGGUGCAUGUUUUGGUUUUUGCCCUAGCAAUACACAGCUCAUUCAAAUAAUUAAAGCUUGAUGAUUAGUUGAUUAUUUGAAUCAUCUGUGUAGUGCUAGGGCAAAAACCAAAACAUGCACCACUUGGGGUCCUGAGGACCGAGUUUGGGAAACAGUGGUCUAGUCCAAUGGUCUAUAUGGAGUAGAGAGAUUUCUCUCUCUUGUUCUGUUAUGCUCUCUAAUGGUGUGUCAUCAUGGCCAUGGGUGGGGCCUCUCUCCUUGAUGUGCCAAAGGGUGGGCCCAUCAGUCCAGUGGAAAAUUGAAAACGUGUGUUGAACAGAGAGCCUUGUGCUCUGCCUCUGACUACAGGGAGAAUAGGCCUUGUUAUAUUCUUUCAAAUAUACAGGUCCUGUGCUGUUUUAUAUGACUGUGACUUCCUACACAGUCUCAAGGGAGCGAUGAGUGUUGAGCAGAGCCUUGUGCUGUUGAGUUCUGCCUCUGACUAAAGGGAGUAGAGAAUAAGCCUUGUUUGACUCGUUCAAACCUGCAGUCAUUUGUUCAAACAGAAGUAAUGUGCUGCUGUUGCAUAUGACCCAGACCACCUCCACACACGGUCUCCUCUCAUGGGAGUGAUGAGACUGUCAGUGACUUUGGAGAAAAAGACAGUCCAGUCAUCACAGUGCUCACUCACUGAAUAAUGUGACUGUGACGAGUUUAUGGGAGAUGUAGGGAAAGAACACACAGUAAACCAGGAGCUGUGACGGAAGCAUCUCAAAGCCUUUAUAGGCUUGAUAUUGAGUUGAUAAUGGAUAGAUAUUUGUAUCACAUUUCAAACAAUCCAAUAGGCCUAUCAUGUUGUUGUACUUUCUAGGCUGUAUUGUUAGCUUGUGGCCCUGUGCUUUGUGACUUAACAAGAACAGAGGUGUGUCACACACACACAGUGUCUUCUAAGCAGCCAGGCAAAUCAGUAACUUAAGCAAACAAAUGAAAGCUUGUGUUGUCACUGAAGUGAAAGGGGUGACAAUUAGGCCUAUGUGAAGUUAGUUUUACAAGGUGAUUUAGAUCCUUUUUAGAUUAGCCUACCAUGUGUAUUUACUACCAUAAGACUAAAUCCCUUUCCUGAGUUGUCUGUAUACAGGACAGUGCAUUCAGAAAGUAUUCAGACCGCUUGACUUUUUCAAAAUUUUGUUACGUUACAGCCUUAUUCUAAAAUGGAAUAAAAUACAUUUUUUUCCCAUAAUAACAAAGUGAAAACAGGUUUUUAUAUAUAUAAAAUGUAUACAAAAUAAAAAACUGUAAUACCUUAUUUACGUAAGUAUUCAGACCCUUUGUUAUGAGACUCGAAAUUGAGAUCAGAUGCAUCCUGUUUCCAUUGAUCAUCCUUGAGAUGUUUCUAUAACUUGAUUGGAGUCCACCUGUGGUAAGUUCAAUUGAUUGGACAUAAUUUGGAAAGGCACUGUCACGCCCUGGCUCUGGGGACUCUUAUAUGUUGAGCCAGGGUGUUAGUUUCUAUGUGUAGUGUCUAUGUUUUGUUUUCUAUGUGUUCUUUUCUAGAUCGUGUAUUUCUGUGUUGGCCGGGGUGGUUCCCAAUCGGAGGCAGCUGUCUUGUUGUCUCUGAUUGGGAACCAUACUUAGGCAGCCUGUUGUGCAUUUGUCAUUUGUGGGAUCUUGUUCCGUGUAGGUUUGUGUUUAUGACCGAGGACUUCACGUUUCGUUUUGUUGUAUUGUGCAAAGUACGCAUUAAAAGAUGUACGCAUUUCACGCUGCGCCUUGGUCCGUUGCUUACGACGACCGAGACAGAAGAUCAAACCAAAACAGGACCAAGCAGCGUUUCCAGGAGCAAACGCCGGAGGUAACGUUGAUAGAUGUCCUCCUCGGUUGGGGGAGGAUAACGGAGGAGGAGGCCGUCCGUUACCGGAGGGCGAUGAAGGGGGAGACCCAGGCAGGAGAGGAGAAGCGGUGCCAACCGGGCCGUCGUCGGACAGGCGAGAGGCAACCCCAAGACAUUUUAUGGGGGGGACACACGGCAUGGACGACGGGGCUGCUGGAGGCAGCUACAGGGCGAGAUUGUGGACUAGGAGAGAAGGCCACCAGGUUACGGGGGCCAUUGGUCAUUAGAGAGAAGGAGAGUGUAGAGGCACGGCGAGAGGUACUGGGGUGUGUUACCAGUCCGGUCCGGCCCGUUCCUGAUCCCCGCACAAGGCCAGUGGUGUGUGUUCCCAGUACGGUCCGGCCUGUUCCUGUCCCUCGCACCAAGCCUGUGAUGCGCGUCGCCAGCCCGGCCCGGCCUGUUCCUGCCCCUCGCACCAAGCCUGUGGUGCGCGUCGCCAGCCCGGCCCGGCCUGUUCCUGACCCUCGCACCAAGCCUGGGGUGCGCGUCGCCAGCCCGGCCCGGCCUGUUCCUGCCCCUCGAACCAAGCCUGGGGUGCGCGUCGCCAGCCCAGCCCGGCCCGGCCUGUUCCUGCCCCUCGCACCAAGCCUGUGGUGCGCGUCGCCAGCCCGGUCCGGCCUGUUCCUGCUCCCCGCACCAAGCCAGUGGUGCACGUCGCCAGCCCGGUCCGGCCUGUUCCUGCUCCCCGCACCAAGCCAGUGGUGCGCGUCGUCAGCCCGGUCCGGCCCGUUCCUGCUCCCCGCACCAAGCCAGUGGUGCGCGUCGUCAGCCCGGUCCGGCCCGUUCCUGCUCCCCGCACCAAGAAAGUGGUGCGCGUCGUCAGCCCGGUCCGGCCCGUUCCUGCUCCCCGCACCAAGCCAGUGGUGCGCGUCGUCAGCCCAGUCCGGCCCAUUCCUGCUCCCCGCACCAAGCCUGUGGUGCGCAUCGUCAGUCCGGCACAGCCCGUGCCUGUUUCACCGGUGCCUGGUCAGGUACCGGUCAGCUGCUCCACACCGGAGCCUAAGCAAUCCGCUCCACCGAUGUCCAGUCCAGCUCCAGCCAGCGGGGCCAGACCAGACCAGGGGCGCUAAGGGGGGUUAGUUAGAGGGUGGUGGUCACGCCCGGAGCCGGAUCCGCCUCCGAGGCGGAAUGCCCACCCGGCCCCUCCCCUGUUGGGUUUAGUUGGCGCGGUCGCAGUCCGCGCCUUUGGGGGGGGUACUGUCACGCCCUGGCUCUGGGGACUCUUAUAUGUUGAGCCAGGGUGUUAGUUUCUAUGUGUAGUGUCUAUGUUUUGUUUUCUAUGUGUUCUUUUCUAGAUCGUGUAUUUCUGUGUUGGCCGGGGUGGUUCCCAAUCGGAGGCAGCUGUGUCUUGUUGUCUCUGAUUGGGAACCAUACUUAGGCAGCCUGUUGUGCACUUGUCAUUUGUGGGAUCUUGUUCCGUGUAGGUUUGUGUUUAUGACCUUAGGACUUUUGUUGUAUUGUGCACAGUACGCAUUAAAAGAUGUACGCAUUUCACGCUGCGCCUUGGUCCGCUGUUUAUAACGAUCGUGACAGGCACAAACCUGUCUAAAUAAGGUCCCACAGUUGACAGUGCAUGUCAGAGCAAAAACCAAGCCAUGAGUUCGAAGGAAUUGUCCGUAGAGCUCCGAGACGGGAUUGUGUCGAGGCACAGAUUACAUUUACAUUUGAGUCAUUUAGCAGAUGCUCCAGAGCGACUUACAGUUAGUGAGUGCAUUCAUUUUUUCAUACAUAAUCUGGGGAAGGGUACCAAAAAAUGUCUGCAGAAUUGAAGGUUCCCAAGAACACAGUGGCCUCCAUCAUUCUUAAAUGGAAGAAGUUUGGAACCACCGAGACUCUUCCUAGAGCAGGCAGCCCGGCCAAACUGAGCAAUCGGGGGAGAAGGGCCUUGGUCAGGGAGGUGACCAAGAACCCGAUGGUCACUCUGACAGAGCUCCAGAGUUCCUCUGUGGAGAUGGGAGAACCUUCCAGAAGGACAACCAUCUAUGCAGCACUCCACCAAUCAGGUCUUUAUGAUAGAGUGGCCAGACGGAAGCCACUCCUCAAUAAAAGGCACAUGACAGCCCGCUUUGAGUUUGCCCAAAGGCACCUAAAGGACUCUCAGACCAUGAGAAACAAGAUUCUCUGGUCUGAUGAAACCAAGAUUGAACUCUUUGGCCUGAAUGCCAAGAGUCACGUCUGGAGGAAACCUGGCACCAUCCCUACGGUGAAGCAUGGUGGUGGUAUCAUCAUGCUGUGGAGAUGUUUUUCAGUGGCAGGGACUGGGAGACUUAUCAGGACUGAGGGAAAGAUGAACGGAGCAAAGUACAGAGAUCCUUGAUGAAAACCUGCUCCAGAGCGCUCAGGACCUCAGACUGGGGCGAAGGUUCACCUUCCAACAGGACAACGACCCUAAGUACACAGCGAAUACUAUGCAGGAGUGGCUUCGGGACAAGUCUCUGAAUGUCCUUGAGUGGGCCAGCCAGAGGCCGGACUUGAACCUGAUCUAAUAUCUCUGGAGCGACGCUCCCUAUCCAACCUGACAGAUCUUGAGACGAUCUGCCGAGAAGAAUGGGAGAAACAGGUGUGCCAAGCUUGUAGCAUCAUACCCAAGAAGACUCAAGGCUGUAAUCGCUGCCAAAGGUGCUUCAACAAAGUACUGAGUAAAAUUGCCAAAAACCUGUUUUUGCUUUGUCAUUAUGGGGUAUUGUGUGUAGAUUGAUGAGGAGGGAAAAAAUAAUUUAAUCCAUUUUAGAAUAAAGCUGUAACAAAAUGUGGAAAAAGUAAAGGGGUCUGAAUACUUUCUGAAUGCACUGUACGUAGUGUAUGACCUAGUUCUACUCUAGUUGCUCUGAUGGCAUGGUAUGGUACAUACUGGGCAAUUCCACGGUAUUGGAAUUACGCUGAGACUCAGAUUUUUCACUUUAAAAUGUAUGCCAAACAAAAACCAUUGAUUUCAAAGUUUAACAAACCAUACAACUCUAUGCGCUGCUUAAAAAACAUUUACGGAUGCGAAGUUUGGUAAUAGAAUUAUGGUAAAAUCUCCCUCGGUUUUAUUCUGUUACCAAAUUUUGUAUCUGCACAGUUCUUCCUGUAAAUUAGUUUUUCUAAAACUUUUAGUGGAAAUUGUUCAAAGGACUCCUUGUGCAUAGAGUUGUAUGGUUUUGUUUUACUUUGAAAUCAGUGAUUUUUGUUUGGUAUACAUUUUAAAGUGAAAAAUCUGAAUCUCGGCAUAAUUCUGUUACCAUGGAAUUGCCAUACUGUAGAUCAGGGUUCUUCAAUUCCGGUCCUGGAGGGCCGAAACACUUCUGUUUUUUAUUUCUACCUGGUAGUUAAUUGCACUCACCUGGUGUCCCAGGUCUGAAUUAGCCCCUGAUUAGAAGGAGUGGAUGAAAAACAGAGGUGUUUCGGCCCUCCAGGACCGGAAGAACCCUGCUGUAGAUCAUGUGCCACAACGGCCUGUGACGGUCUGUUUGUGAUUUGAUACUCCCCACAAUGGCUCUCUCUUGUUCCUGUGGUGAUUAUGGGUCCCGCCCCACACCACCCUAAGGGCCUAAAUAUAGGUGGCAACAACUGUCUUGUGAUAUAGUAUGACUUGUCCUGCACCAUUGACCGUCCACCAAUGAUAUAUUGCUAUCUGACUGGCCUGACUAUUUUCCACGGUACAGAAAUUGCUGAAUGUGCACCUUCUGAUUGAGUUGGGGAGAUUCUCAAUUGGUUUAGCUAACUCCUCCUUCCUGUCCUUGCCUCUUUUUGAAAAAGGUCAAAGGUAAUCGAGGAGAGAAAACAAAUGCGCUUGUAUGAAAUUACUCUCCUUUUCCACUUGUUCGUCAUCAAGCAAAUGACGUUUACAGGGGUGGAAUCCCAAAAUAAAUGUGUAAAAUGAUCAAAACAAAUAUACUGUAGCUCGUUGUGCAAGACAUUUUAUAUGUAUGCAUGCUUUUCUCCUUUGAGAAAACAGCUGAUUUUAAAGGGGAUGUGGAUGAUUAUAAAACACUUCCGCUCUACCUGCCACGAGGAUACUCUUGUGCAUCCUCUGUUGAAUUAGGUAAUGAAGGAGGGGAGCAGCUUAAUUUGUUCACCUAUUAACGAAUUGACUCUCUCCUCAACCACUUAUCGGUUUCCGGGUUACGGAGGAGAGAGGACAGAGGAGAGAGGACAAAUGAGAAUCUCCCUUGGAAGUUGGAGCUGUCACUUUUGAUCUGAUGAUCUGUAAUGCCUCUGACACGGUUACUGCUACUGACCUUUGACCUAGUAACAGAACAGAACAGAAGAUAUGAGUGUGUGAUAGUUUCAUGGCACUAGGACCUUUUAUUUUGAUGAAGCCAUGGCAAUCUGAUGUAAUAAUAUUAGCCUCGUCUUAAGCUUGCGAGAUCAGGAUGGUUCGUACGAGGCUAUAAUAAUACUGACCUCUGUCACAAAUUCACUAUUCUGAGGGCAACACCAGUCACAUGUUCUAUUCUCUCCUACCCAACAAAAUGUAAAUAGCUGGUAAGAGCAAGAUAGUUAGUGUAUAUUCGUGUCUAGCCCUAUACAGUAUAUUACAAUUUCAUUUUUUGUUAUUAUACUGUUUCCCUCCCCUUCAUAGAAUGAAUAGUUGAACGUUUUUUGUAUAAUCCCAUAGAACAUCUAUUUAGUCAAACAGGUUGGUUAAUGUUGUAAAUUACUCCUGUAGUGGUACAUGUCCACUGAUAGUAUGGUAUUGCAUAAUGUGUGAGUGAAGGAGCCGAUUACCCCUAGCCAGCUGCCAUGGUCUGGAUUUCUAAACAGCUGUUCUGUGGGAUUGUGAUUCCACCAGUCCAGCACGACUCCCGUGGGCUGUCAGAAGGGCUACUUCCCAAAUGGCACCCUAUUCCUUAUUGCAGUUCUUUUAACCAGGGCUCUAAGCACUAUAUGGGGAAUAGGGUGCCAUUUGGGACACAUCCCUGCUUGAUUCUCCCAUGAGCUGUCAUAAGGAGAGGGAUGACCGCAUUGCUCCACUUCAUGGCUGCUGAGAUGUGAGAUAGGCCCUGUGCAUUAGUUUAUUUUUACAUACAGUGAUAAGACAUAGCUCCAUGACCGUUUUGUUAUUCAGGCUACUCUGUUGUUGACUGUGGUGUGUUGUUCGGGGAACUAAAGCUGACGCACUGUGAGUCUGUUAGUUGGAAACCAUAUUCCACCAGACUGACUGUUCAGUCAAACCAGGAAAUAGCUUGACAAUGACUCAGAGCUGAGCUGCUGGCUUUCCUCCCGUGAGGAAUUACUGUGAACCUCUGCUUUUCUUUUCCACUAGCUGUGCUGUGUGGGAUCUCUCACUCUCAAGGCAGGCUGGAAUAUGCUGCUAGGCAACCUCUAUUGUUUGUCUGCAGACCCUAAAAAGGAGCGAAAAGUGGUCUGACAACGUGCCACUGAAGGUUGUGUCACAGCAUCGGAGUUGUCAAGGAAAACAAAGAAAUCUGAUUGUACAAUAUUAUGCAGACUUAUGCCAGGCUAUUUGGGUUUGAGUUAAUGGUAUUGUGUUUUAUAAACAGAUGAUCUUACAGUCAAAAAAGAAACGAAAAUAGCUUCUUAGCGAGAGCAAUUUCUCAAGCAAGAAUUUUGCUACGACUGUCUGGUAGUGGUCUGAGUGGGGAGGGGGAAACAGAAAACAAGCUGUUAUUGGCAGAGUGGUUUGGUACUCUCUUUCUUAACUAAUUUACUGCCUGGUGGUGUCACCAGGCAGGCCAAAACUCCAUCCCACCAAAACAGGGUGAAGUUUCAGGCGCUCUUUUCAAACAACUCUUACACUCAUUAUUUUCACAGUAUUAUUCCAACCUCGUAGUGUGGAAAUAUACACUGAGUGUACAAAACAUUAGGAACUAUUUCCAUGACAUAGACCAAGGAUCAUCAACUAGAUUUUCUUUUCUGGAGGGGAUGGUCGCGGGCCCGGAACAUAAUUAUAAAUAACUUGUAGACUGCAAAUUGACCGCAAGAAGCCCAAACAGAUAUAAUGUUUCACUAAAACAUAAUAAUUUCAAACCUUGCUUACAUUUGUAUACUAUCACGUGUCUCUCAAUUAUGCGUGGGAAUACUUGGAAACAGAUUUCUUAAAUUAAAAUCACUUGGCGCUGAUUUCCUGGUGUUUGCUAUGUCCAACAAUGAAAAUUCCACACCAACAAUUUUUUUUUUUUGGGGGGGCCAAAUAAAACCACCUUGGGCAUCCAGUUGUGGAACCCUGACAUAGACUGACCAGGUGAAAGCUAUGAUCCCUUAUUGAUGUCACUUGUUAAAUCCACUUCAAUUAGUGUAGAUGAACGGGAGGAGACAGGUUAAAUAAAGACAAAAUAUUUAAGUGCCUUUGAAGGGAGUAUGUUAGUAGGUGCCAGGCGUACUGGUUUGAAUGUGUUAAGAACUGUAAUUCUGCUGGGUUUUUCACGCUCAACAGUUUCCCGUGUGCAUCAAGAAUGGUCCACCACCCAAAGGACAACUUGGCACAACUGUGUGAAGCAUUGGGGUCAACCUGGGCCAGCAUCCUUGUGGAAUGCUUUCGAGACCUUGUUGAGUCCAUUCCCUGACGAACUCAGACUGAUCUAAGGGCAAAGGGGGGUGCAACUCAAUAUUCGGAAGGUCUUCCUAAUAUUUUGUAUACUCAGUGUAUAUAAAACACAUGAAAAUCUCAUUUUUUGACUACACUAGGGCUUUAGCCUUUAUUUUGACAGGACAGGGAGUCAUGCUGAGACUCUUACAGAUGAGCCAAACAUACACAUCAAUACACAUCAAUGCUAGUUUAAGUAACACUUCACCACUACUAUGAUAUGGUUCCUUUCAUCGAUGAACUGAUGUAGACUGUGUCGAGUACAUCAUAAGGACCCUGCCCAGUGCACAUUGAAUUACUCGCUCUGCCUCAAUAUGAGCCCAGGGUUGCUCUCUGAACAGCCGAGUGUGUGUGUGAGGCGUGACUGUUUGUGCAUUCCCAAAGGCGCCCUAUCCCCUAUAUAUUGCACUACUACAAAAGUAGUGCACUAUAUAUAGGGAAUAGUGUACCAUUUGGGACUCAGCCUAAGCCUGCCUGCAGAAGCUCUGUCUGUCUGGUAGUUAUGUAAAUCCAACUGCGUAUCUGUCACAGUCGACUCCCUGCCUCAGCAAUCUCUGAGCGGCUUGGUGCUGUUCUCAUGCUGUCAGCCUGAGACACCAAUUACUUCAGCCUUGUCUGUGAAUUAAUGCUCAGAAUCAGCCCUUUCCUCCUCUCUGAGCUUUAGAUGUGCUGCUUUAAAUCCACAUCAUCAUCAUAAUUUUCAUCUUCACCUUCCUCGUCUUUCCUAGACAGGCACAGAUAUCAAAGCGCUAUAAUAAGAAGAUUUAAUGUUGAGGUUUUUGUUUGGAGAAAAGUGGGAAGGGUUUUCUAUCUACUCUGGUUGUGUCUAUCUACUCUGGUUGUGUCUAUCUACUCUGGUUGUGUCUAUCUACUCUGGUUGUGUCUAUCUACUCUGGUUGUGUCUAUCUACUCUGCUGUGUCUGGGCUGUGUACAGUACUGCAGAUGUCAGAGGGCUCUCAUAUUGUUUGGGCUGUUUUGUGUACUGUAACAGUGCCUGGUUUGCCUUGAACGAUUACAGGAAUUGUUCAGGGAGAUGACUCCAGCUGGACCUUGACCUGGAUAGCGCCAUAAAACACUACUACCAAACCAAACAAAAGUGAAAUGUUAUGUUUCAUAUAGGUGUAAUCAGACUGUAUUAGUAGUAUACAAUCAUCAUACAACUCAAGGUACGGGUGUAUCCCGUUUAUAUAGCCAAGUUAUCGUUACUAUUUAUUCCUUCUGUUAUUAUUUUGCUAUUAUAAAAAAAAAAAAGAUCUCUGCAUUGUUGGGAAGGGCCCUUAAGUAAGCAUUUCACUGUUAGUCUACACCUGUUUACGAAGAAUGUGACACAUUUGGUUUGAUUCAUCCUGUCAAUCUGUCAGUUGUGUUACUGUCUAUUGCUUCUAUAGUCUUUAUUGAAUGUCUGUUUCAAUGUCAAACACUGUUGACCAACCAGUAAUGAGACAUUGUUUUCAUCUACCCCACAGCAUCUCUUCAUACAGCCCACAUAUUGAACGAAUAUGAACUGAGCCAUUAUUCUCUUCAUUCCAGGUUCAUUUUCCAGAUGUGGAGAGAGUGGAAUGGCUCAACAAGGUACUGAACAUCUUCACUGCAGUGCGGUGUCCUACAGUACCCCAACCAGACCUGGGUUCAAAGACCAUCUUUCAAAUAUGUUGAAAAUCGUUCAAAUACUUUGAGCGUUUGAUCUAGACUGCCUAGAGUGCCAGAUGGUUUUUGCAGUUUUGGGACUAUCCUAUUGGUCCAUCAAGCCAGGCAAGCUCAGUCAAGCACAGAUAACGUAUUUGAAAUGAUUUCAAAUAGUAUUUGAACCCGGUCUAAUACCAACUUUCCCUGCUCUAGAUAAUUGUUACUGUGUGGAGGCAGGAAGGCGGGCGGGAGCGGGCAGCAGCCUCUUAUAAAUAGGCCCUUAUCUGGAGCUCUGCUAACCCAGCUCCAGUACCAGCCUCUCUGGGGACCCUUCGAACUCCAGGAAGUGGGAGGAGCCAUUACUCUUACAGUUACUACUGUAAAAAACAGACUUAUAGGGAUUUAGUCCACAAUGUUUUAAAGACACAUUAGAUAAUAAAACGAGAAAAGUCUGUUUUCAUGACCUCUAUUUGUUCUGCAGGAGUGUUAUAGAUGCUAUUGUUUUUGUAGUAGGCUUAUGUGGUAAGGAGCUCAUGCGUCAGUACUUAAAGUAGAGCCCAUAAACUACAGUAGGGCCACACCCAAACCAAAUAGAUGUGUCAGUUGAGGUAAUGGUAUGUGUGGUAGGCAAUUAUGAGGGCAUUUCCUACCUGUUAUCUAUGACAAAAUUAUGCUAAGAAUUUUCCCUCUGGGAUUAAGAAAGUAUUUCUUAUCUUAAUUCAACAGUUAGUCUUAUUAAAUCAAACCAUACAGAGAACAGGGCCAUUACCUGUGUAGUGUCUCUGGCAGAUAUUGAGCUUUGAGAAUAUGACCUGUGUAACCCUGAGUCUUCCUCUCUGUCUCCCUCCCCAGACAGUGAAACAGAUGUGGCCGUACAUCUGUCAGUUUGUUGACAAGCUGUUCAGAGAGACCAUUGAGCCGGCUGUGAAGGGGGCUAACGCUCACCUCAGCUCCUUCUGCUUCACCAAGAUCGACAUGGGGGACAAGGUGAGACUGAGGCAUUUAGAUAUGCAUGUAUGUUUCCAGUGAUGAGUUAUGCGGUCAAUGUUACUGUUAGUUAUGUUCCCAAUGGUAUGUCAAGCAGUGUGGAAAGUGUUCUAUAUCUUGUUAUAUACUGUAGGUGUUUAGUCUGUAUAAUAUAGUUCAUAGGUGUUUAUUGUUGUGUUUACAGUCAUUAGCCAUAUCAACAAUGUCCAGCAAUUUUUCCUGCAUGUAAGUUUUCAAACUUGUUAACCUUGUAAGGGAACUUAGGGAACACAUGCUUGAAGUAUGGUUGGACAAGCAGUUUUCCUCUUUGGGUUUGAGCAUGCAGAGUCACCUGUCAACCAGUGGGUCCUGCUUUGUCAUCCUAUCCUCUCCCCCCUCUCUCUCCCUCUCUCCCUUCAUCUUUCUCUCCUUCUCUCUCUACAGCCACUAAGGGUGAACGGGGUCAAAGUGUACACUGAGAAUGUGGACAAACGACAGAUUAUAAUGGACCUGGAGAUUAGGUAUAGUCACAUGCACUGUGGUUCAAUUUGGAGAUACUUGUUAUUUUUUUAUAUCAUUGUAUAUCAAGACAUAUUGGUUUUGUUGAUCUUUUCAGCUUUGUUGGGAAUACAGAGAUUGAUGUUGACAUCAAGAAAUACUACUGCAGAGCUGGUAUAAAAAGUAUACAGGUAGAGUCAUUUUUUGUAUACCAAACACUACUUUCUAUUCAGAAAUGUUGUGACUUUCUCCCACUAUUAAGUUGAUAUACCAGACCUCCCAAGCUUGAUGAAAAUCUGUCUGGUGCAUGAGACUAACCAUUAGCCACCUCCAUAUUUGGCUAUGCAUUAUGUAAACUACUGGUUUUUCUUUCUUCACAUAAUAUGUUGACACUUCAUAAAUAAGUGUGAAAGGUGAUUAUACAAUAUUGCAAGAGGUUGCCCUUACAAACCACCAGCAUAUUUGCUGUUCAGAGAUCAGAGAGAGAGACAGUUGUAUGCAGGGUAGCCUACAGUAAUCAUUGCGAACCCAUUCUGAUUGGCCAGAUUUGAGACUGCAGUCUCAGGUGGUCUAUGUGUCCAUUCUAGUAGGCUGUUUUGGAAUCAGUCCAGAUUUCAGGCGGUUUUGUUGGCUCCUAAAAGAUGACUGGCUUUUCACUGUAACCAGUUGUGUUCAGAAUGAAGCCCUUAUACGAAAUUGCGGAUUGCCACAUUUGUUUUGUUUUGAUUCUGAUCAAGCUACUGUUUUGAGUAAACGUGAGAAUAAGACUACAUAGGAGUAUGGUUAUCGAAAAUGUCCUAUAUUUCCAUUGCAAUUUAAUAAAUGUAAUGGCAAAAUGUAGAUUUCCACCUAAAUAGACAUACCCAAAAGUAACUGCUAUUCAUGUGUAAUUACAUGAUUCUGACAUGAAUAUUUGGAAAGAAGACAUCUGGGAGAUUAUAAGGAAAUUAUCAGAAGAUAGAUAGGAGUUACACACAUAGUUCAGAAUACACAAGAUCAAGCACACACAAAAUAACCGUUUUUGAUUAUCUUUCAUUGACAAGCUAUAACUAAAUUAUUGAUGACUAGAGCUGGAAACACAUCAGAUGGCUUCCACAACAUGUGAACAAUUUCAGAAAAAAAUGGGAUUGAUAGACCUAACAACUAGAAAUGGGCAGAUGUUUUAGUAAGUGGUGUCAGGUGUGGUCACGGGACGUUUCCAAGUGUCCCUAAACUUCUCCAAGGUGGCAUAUGUCUAUAAAUUAGAUAAUUCCAGUGCUAUUACAUACUCACUCAAACAUUGUGGUGGUGUUAUGGGGUAUCCAGGGUACAUUCAAGUGUCCUUUCAACCUCUCCAAAGUGUCCGAAUGUGGUAAUUGCACUGUUUUUGCACACUGGAUGUUAAAAGGUUCUAAGCCUUGCUUUGUCCCACCCAGGUCAACUGCAUAUCACUGGAAAGCUUAUCUCAUUGGCUACAAGACUGUCAAGGUGGCAUAGUAGCCAAUCCCCUGUGUAAUGGAUGGCUACAGCGCGUAAGCAGGCAACAUUAUAUUUUUGAUGCGCAAAGAUAUAGUCACUCGGUGGACAUUCGAUGUUGCCUUUAAGUCAUACAUCAUCAGAUAACAUUGGCAAUAGGCUAGAUUUGUUCCUACCGACAUAAGGAUUAAUUUGAUACCCCCCAUGUAGCUAUAGCUCAAACACAGACCACAUCGAAGCUUACCUUGUAAGAUGUUUGGUGAAAACGUUGUGUAAAAUUAACAUUUUGACUCUCGGGGCUGGUGAUCAAUAACGGUAGGUCACAGGCAGACAAAUAAGAUAUCCUCAUGAUCUGUGGAGUCGUGGCUUUUGGUGUGUAUCAACGUAUUCCAUGUUUAUUUUGUUUAUGCUUCACAACUCUAACCGGAAUGUAGGUAGCAGCCAUCUUGAAAUGAAGUCAUCGGCUCGGACUGCCCUUAUAAAUGUAUGCCCAUAUAUGGUAGUAAGUCACACCAAAGAUUUGAAGUCACCGAUCAACAGCCAAGAUACUCAGCUUUCCGCAGAUACCCUGCUUUUGCAGAUAGGGACUACCGUUCUCAUACCAGACUGAAUUGAAUAAAAAAAUCUAAUAGGGUCCCCAAAUAUGAGGACUUUACAUUUAAAAUUAAGGGAUGACUCUGUGUUUAAUUGCUUGCGCUUGCAACCAAAUUUGGAGCUCUAGACAGUCUCUACAUUUCUGAGUAAAGAGUCACUUCAGUCAGGAUGGAUACUAAUGGAAGCAGUGGAACAUUUAGUAAUACAACUCAGGUCAGACUUUUCCUUGAGACAACAAGAAGACAGUAAUUUGUGAAAUAGAUUAAUCAAAAGUGAAUUGUACCACUGUUUCCUAUGUAAUAAGAAAGAUACCUCUAAAUUGUAUGUUACAAUGCUCUGCAAUCAAAAAGUCACUGAUUGGCAUGUUUUCUGCAGCUUCACGGUGUCUUGAGGGUCGUGAUGGAGCCCCUGCUCGGAGACAUGCCAUUGAUCGGAGCCCUGUCCGUUUUCUUCCUGAAGAAGCCUGUAAGUAUUGGCAGCCAUUUUGACAUAUUCUAGAACUACUGCAGUGGUUUGAACCUCUGAGGAGGCAAUGGUCAGCAGACAGCUGGAUGUGAAGGACUUUGUAUUGAGCUCCUGUUCCAGAAAGCCCAUUCCCACCAAGCCUAAUUAUAAUUAGGCUGCAACCCAAAUGGCUACCAAUUCCCUAUAUAGUGCACUACUUUUGAUGGGCCCUGGACAAAAGUAGUGCACUUUAUAGGGAAUAGUGUGCCAUUUGAGACACAGCCUUAGUCCACACCCUGCUCUUUAACUGCUGUCUUCCUGUGGGUCAGCAUCUGUUAUAGAUUGAGGGUUUGAUAUGGGGUCCCUUAGGAGGAUGAUACAUUCCAGUAAAAGGACAAGGAGGGGGCACUGUAGCUUCCUGUUGGAUUCAUUACAACUGAAAAGAUAAUGAACUGUGGUACAUUAGCUUGGAUAUGUUUCCUAGACAGGUAAUAAUAGUUUCAGGUACUGUGUUGAUUACCAGUCCAGUAGUCACUCGUCAUUUAUCUUUUUGACAAUAGAUGUUUUAUUUUUAGUGAUGUGAAGUUAUGGGUCUCAAAGAGCAUUGCUGUGUUGUUAUUCUCAAGAUAUGGGUCGUCUAGGCUCUGUGUCUGGGAAGUAUCGCCUCUGUGUCUGGGUCAUAUCGCCUCUGUGUCUGGGUGGGGAGAGCAGAUUGGCUUUAUUUUAAGUCUCCUCUGUGCUCUUAUGCAGUCGAGGCUGCGUCUUUCUCAUUGGGUAGGAUUUAUAUAGAUUUUCCUCCAUGAGGAACUAUGCUCAUUGCCUUAUUAUUACUCAUUAAAGGUCUAUGGUAAAUCAGCCGGACAUCCAGUCUAUACCAUCUUAUAUAACUCUCCCCUCUUGGCCUAAUACAUCUUAACCCCUUAAUGAACUAGAGUCAGUUAGUGUUGGUCCAAUGAAUUAUUUCUUGCCAGUUAGUUAAGCUUGAUAAUCUUCACACAGACUCAACCCUUACAGUCCAGUCCUGCUAGUCUUGAUGACUACAAUAGUAUCCCGUAUUUUCCCAGCCAGUCUAUAACUGUACGCGCAUUGUAAAACAUAAUCCAAUUCACUGUUAGUAUCAGAGCUGUGAUGCACUUACAGUGGGGCAAAAAAGUAUUUAGUCAGCCACUAUUUGUGCAAGUUCUCCCACUUAAAAAGAUGAGAGAGGCCUGUAAUUUUCAUCAUAGGUACACGUCAACUAUGAAAGACAAAUUGAGAAAAAAAAAUCCAGAAAAUCACAUUGUAGGAUUUUUUAUGAAUUUAUUUGCAAAUUAUGGUGGAAAAUAAGUAUUUGGUCACCUACAAACAAGCAAGAUUUCUGGCUCUCACAGACCUGUAACUUCUUCUUUAAGAGGCUCCUCUGUCCUCCACUCGUUACCUGUAUUAAUGGCAUCUGUUUGAACUUGUUAUCAGUAUAAAAGACACCUGUCCACAACCUCAAACAGUCACACUCCAAACUCCACUAUGGCCAAGACCAAAGAGCUGACAAAGGACACCAGAAACAAAAUUGUAGACCUGCACCAGGCUGGGAAGACUGAAUCUGCAAUAGGUAAGCAGCUUGGUUUGAAGAAAUCAACUGUGGGAGCAAUUAUUAGGAAAUGGAAGACAUACAAGACCACUGAUAAUCUCCCUCGAUCUGGGGCUCCACGCAAGAUCUCACCCCGUAGGGUCAAAAUGAUCACAAGAACGGUGAGCAAAAAUCCCAGAACCACACGGGGGGACCUAGUGAAUGACCUGCAGAGAGCUGGGACCAAAGUAACAAAGCCUACCAUCAGUAACACACUACGCCGCCAGGGACUCAAAUCCUGCAGUGCAGGACGUGUCCGCCUGCUUAAGCCAGUAAAUGUCCAGGCCUGUCUGAAGUUUGCUAGAGUGCAUUUGGAUGAUCCAGAAGAGGAUUGGGAGAAUGUCAUAUGGUCAGAUGAAACCAAAAUAGAACUUUUUGGUAAAAACUCAACUCGUCGUGUUUGGAGGACAAAGAAUGCUGAGUUGCAUCCAAAGAACACCAUACCUACUGUGAAGCAUGGGGGUGGAAACAUCAUGCUUUUGGGCUGUUUUUCUGCAAAGGGACCAGGACGACUGAUCCGUGUAAAGGAACGAAUGAAUGGGGCCAUGUAUCGUGAGAUUUUGAGUGAAAACCUCCUUCCAUCAGCAAGGGCAUUGAAGAUGAAACGUGGCUGGGUCUUUCAGCAUGACAAUGAUCCCAAACACACCGCCCGGGCAAUGAAGGAGUGGCUUCGUAAGAAGCAUUUCAAGGUCCUGGAGUGGCCUAGCCAGUCUCCUGAUCUCAACCCCAUAGAAAAUCUUUGGAGGGAGUUGAAAGUCUGUGUUGCCCAGCGACAGCCCCAAAACAUCACUGCUCUAGAGGAGAUCUGCAUGGAGGAAUGGGCCAAAAUACCAGCAACAGUGUGUGAAAACCUUGUGAAGACUUACAGAAAACGUUUGACCUGUGUCAUUGCCAACAAAGGGUAUAUAACAAAGUAUUGAGAAACUUUUGUUAUUGACCAAAUACUUAUUUUCCACCAUAAUUUGCAAAUAAAUUCAUUAAAAAUCCUACAAUGUGAUUUUCUGGAUUUUUUCCCCUCAUUUUGUCUGUCAUAGUUGACGUGUACCUAUGAUGAAAAUUACAGGCCUCUCUCAUCUUUUUAAGUGGGAGAACUUGCACAAUUGGUGGCUGACUAAAUACUUUUUUUCCCCACUGUAUAUAGUAUAAUACAGUACCGUUUGAAUAGAUAUGUUGCAUCAGGGAUAGAGACUGUCAUCAUCCCUAUAAACACAGACCAGGCUGAGGCAGAUCCACAGUAACUAUCUGUUAUUUCCCCCUGAUGUAGUCAGAGGUCUGGUUAGAAGUCCUGGGAUAAAGACUGGGGUGUAAUGAGAGUCCUUUCGAGUGGCAGACGUCUAAGUCUUAUUUUAGCCUCUGGAGCUCUGCUACUUCUCCUCAGCUGGACUGUUUUUAACCUGGUCCAAGAUCUGUUUGUGCUGUCUUGACAGAUCUGGGACCAGGCUAAACUGCUAUAGAGCCCAUGGUGCUUCUCCACGAUGGCCUCUGACCUGUAGUCCAGUCAUGGAGACUUUCUUAAGAAUGAAUGAAAGGUCCACCCCUCUACCCUGUCUCGAAUUUGUAUUGAAUUUACCGCCCCUUGAAGAAGCUAUUACCUGUAAAGCGCCAUACCUUCAUACUCCCCCUCUACCCUGACAGACAGUCUAUCUGUCCCCUGAGUUGUGUACAUGUUUGUUCUCCAAGCUACCAUCAGUGAGGUAUCUGACACCCUUUAGGACUGGCUGGGGGCGAGGGAGGAGCGUGCCAAGAGUGUGGUGGAAACAUGAGCGGCGUUGCUGUGGUUACGUAGCGUAGCGGCUGUGUGUUUGAAAGUAAAGUAGAGCAGUGCAGCCAGGCUAAAAGGCCUCACCAGGACGGUUUGAUGCUGCAGCAUUCUCUUGCCAUGCGGUCAUAACCAAAUAGGAAACCACCUUUUCUUUCCACUGGCUAACGGAGGAUAUUUGUUCAAUCCAUGUAAUUAGAGCGAGAUACCUAUCAUGUGCUCUCAUCUAUAAACAGCACUGAAUGUUGUUGUUGUUAAAACAAUUAUCUUUGAAUAAUCAAUGUUUUUUACUGGUACUAGGUGGUUGUUGUUAGGAGUUAUGACUUAGCCUAGUUAGUAUAGCCAGGUACAGUAUGUUCCUGUGUUAUACAGAAGGCUUAGUGACAGUGCCUGUGCAGAAGCCCCUGCCUGUUCAUGUUUGUCUGUUCCUGUAAACGCUGGCACGGUGUGGUGGUGUGGUCUAUUCUGAAGACUAAGUGGUGAACGCAGGAAGUGCACGCACACUCUACCACCCCGCCCUGCCUCACCAGAUAAAAGCCGGCAGUGCUUUGUUUUGCUGUGCAGCCUAAGUGUCAGUCAGCCAGCCACUGCUUUUUAUAUCCCUACUGCAGUCAGUCAGAACAAUGGAGCAGGCUGUAAAACAGGCAGUAAAACUCAUUUGGGUCAAUAUCAGGAGACAGGAAAAUCAUAUAAAUGCCCUGCACAUGUCUUCAACAAAUGCUGAGAGCAUCGUCACCUGAUGCUCACAAUCUGAUGUUCCUUCUCGUCAUCACUAUCUAACGUUCCUUCGUGUGUCCUGUUUUUUUGUUGUGUAAUUUUGGGUAAGGCAUCAUGUGCCACUCAUUGCAUGACAAGACAACAAGGAGAUAUACAGUGAGCUCCAAAUGUUUUGGGACAGUGACACCAUUUUUUUUGUUUUGGCUCUUUACUGUAGCAUUUUGGAUUUGAAAUGAUACAAUGGCUAUGAGGUUAGCUUUCAUUUGAGGGUAUUUUCAUACAUAUCAGGUGAACCGUUUAGAAAUUACAGAACUUUUUGUACAUAGUCCCCCCAUUUUAAGGGACCAAAAGUAUUGUUAAAAAUUCAUUUAUGUUUAUUAAAGUAGUAAAAAGUUAUGUAUUUGGUCCCAUAUUCAUAGCAUGCCACGACUACAUCAAGCUUGUGAAUAAUGAUGAUUGAGAAAGUUACACACAAACAAAAUUCAUACGCUAACCUCUCACCAUUACAAUAACAGGAGACGUUAGCAUUUUUGGGGGGGGUAUGAUAUUUGUGCGUCUAACUUUCUCACUCAUCAUUAUUCAAGAUUCAUUCAGGAUUAUCUGUAAUCAUGGUAGCAUCCACAUUAAUGUAGAGGUGUUUAGAAACAUAUUCUAUUCUUAUUUACAAUGAAAGUGUCACGCCCUGACUCAGGGGACGCUUAUAUGUUGAGUCAGGGUGUGUAUAUUCCUUGUUAUGUUUGGUCUUUGUUUGUCGAUCUAGUAUGUAUGGUUCUAUGUUGGCCGGUGUGGUUCCCAAUCAGAGGCACCUGUCGUUCGUUGUCUCUGAUUGGGGACCAUACUUAGCACUAGUGGGUUGUGGGAUCUAUUGGCACUAGUGGGUUGUGGGAUCUUGUUCCGUGUAAGGUUUGUUGUGUGUUACCUUAGGACUUCACGUGUCGUUGGUUUAUUGUUUUGUCGUGUGUUUAUUUAGUUUAAUAAACAUGUACGCAUUUCACGCUGCGCCUUGGUCUGACCCAUCCUUCAACGAACGUGACAGAAGAUCCCACCAAACGAGGACCAAGCAGCGUGUUCAGGAGAAGACAGCCUGGACCUGGGAGGAGAUCCUGGAUGGUAAGGGAUCCUGGACUUGGGAGGAGAUUCAGGCUGGGAUGGAUCGCCGUCCUUGGUAGGAGACAGUGGUGGCCCGGUAUAGAGAGGAGAAACGGCGCCAACAGUGCCGACGACGGGGGCACAUGGUGUGGACGACGAGGCAGCAGGAGGCCGUUAAAGGGCGGGUCUGCAGGUUAGGAGAGGAGGCCACCAUGUUACGGGGGCUAUUGGUUCAGAGGGAGCAGGAGUUAUUUGGUCAGAGGGAGGUGCUACAGGAGGCUAAGAGGGAGAAGGAAAGUGUAGAGGCACGGUGAGAGGAGCUGGUUAGGCAGCAGAAGGAGCGGGGGUUAAUAAAGGAACCCAGUCCUGCUCCUCGCACCAAGCAAGUGGUGCGUGUUCCCAGUACGGCCCGACCCGUUCCUGCUCCCCGCACCAAGCCUGUGAUGCGCGUCACCAGCCCGGCCCGGCCCGUUCCUGCUCCUCGCACCAAGCCAGUGGUGCGCGUCGCCAGCCCGGCCCGGCCUGUUCCUGCUCCUCGCACCAAGCCAGCCCGGCCCGUCCUGUUCCUGCUCCUCGCACCAAGCCAGUGGUGCGCGUCGCCAGCCUGGCCCGGCCUGUUCCUGCUCCUCGCACCAAGCCAGUGGUGCGCGUCGCCAGCCCGGCCCGGCCUGUUCCUGCUCCUCGCACCAAGCCAGUGGUGCGCGUCGCCAGUCCGGCCCGGCCCGUUCCUGCCCCUCGCACCAGACCAGUGGUGCGUUUGUCCAGUCCGGCACGGCCCGUGCCCGUUCCACCGGUGCCUGAUCCGCACCGGUCAGCUGCUCCACUCCGGAGCCAGAGCAGUCCGCUCCACCGGUGCCUGAUCCAGUUCCGGUCAGCCGUUCCACUCCGGAGCCAGAGCAGUCCGCUCCACCGGUGCCUGAUCCAGCUCCGGUCAGCUGCUCCAGUCCAGACCAUGACGUCAGCCCCUCUCCAGGUUCGGGGUCUCCCACACCAGGGUCCAGACAGGGCCUGGCGUAGGGUGGGAGGAAGGAGAGGGGAAGCAGCGGCUCCAGACCAGACCAGGGGCGCAACAGGGAGGCGGAGAGUGAGAGGUCGUCACGCCCCGAGCCGGAUCCGCCUCCGAGGCGGAUUGCCCACCCGGCCCCUACCCUGUUAUGUUUAUGUUGUGCGGUCGGAGUCCGCACCUUUGGGGGGGUACUGUCACGCCCUGACUCAGGGGAUGCUUAUAUGUUGAGUCAGGGUGUGUAUAUUCUUUGUUGUGUAUGUUCUAUGUUGUAUAUUCUAGUAUGUGUGGAUCUAUGUUGGCCGGUGUGGUUCCCAAUCAGAGGCAGCUGUCGCUCGUUGUCUCUGAUUGGGGACCAUACUUAGGCAGCCUAUUGGCACUAGUGGGAUGUGGGAUCUUGUUCCGUGUAAGGUUUGUUGUGUGUUACCUUAGGACUUCACGUGUCGUUGGUUUAUUGUUUUGUCGUGUGUUUAUUUAGUUUAAUAAACAUGUACGCAUUUCACGCUGCGCCUUGGUCUGACCCGUCCUUCAACGAACGUGACAGAAAGUGACUCCAAAAUGACACAAUACAUUAUUUACCAUUCAUUUCUAUCCAACAAAUGUGUAGAGUCACAAGGUUGAUGUAGUCAUUGCGUGCGAUGAAUAUGGGACCAAAUACUUAACUUUUUACUACUUUAAUACACAUGUAAGUGAAUUUGUCCCAAUACUUUUGGUCACCUAAAAUGGGAGGGCUAUGUACAAAAAGUGCUGUAAUUUCUAAAUGGUGAAAUACCCUCAAAUUAAAGCUGACAGUCUGCACUUUAACCUCAUAGUUAUUGUAUAAUUUCAAAUUGCUGGAGGGCAAAGAAAAACUAAAAAUGAGUCACUGUCCCAAUACUUUCGGAGCUCACUGUAGGUGUGAAUCAGCCUUUGUUCUCUGUGAAGUCGGUUCAGUUCACUCUUCCUGGUUGUAUGUAGGCAUGCUUCUCAUUUAAACAUUACUGGGUUGGCUUGGGCUCAUGUUACCAGAAUUGAGGAUGCCUGAGUUCUCUGGAUUGAUUUUAAAAGUUGAAUAAUAUGAUCACACUACAGCACAAUGUGUCGUGUUCAGCUUGUGAAGCUAGGGCUAGGUUAUAUUAGAGCUUUAUGGGAAAGAAUGUUGCUGUGUUGCAGUCAGACUACAAUCGUGUCAAAGCUUGUGCCUGCAGCUACUUGUUUUGAUGUGGGAGAAUACAUGUUUGAAUGUCACCUCUUGUCUCUUGAAAAUGUCAGUUGACAAUUGAACAAACAUAAAUGAUUGACAAGCCUGAAUUUAGCCGUAGGCUAUAUUACGCUCUCUCGUUCCUUAGACACACAUUUAUACGGUAUUUUUCAGCUGUACUUGAACAGCUUUAUUCUUCAUACUAAACACGUCUGUGCUUAUGUAUGCUACAAGUCAAAUCCUCAUCUUAAAUCACCCACAUGUUGACAUUCUGAUCUGCUUAAUGGCCUGUUUCUCAGCUUUGCAGAUAUUCUUAAGUGAGCAGCUUAAACGUGAACAAAGUUAGAAACGUAAUCUCACCCUGUGUCCCCUGACACACACACACACACACACACAUCCCACAGUUCAGAGGCAUAUCCCUGAUCACUGGCACAUGAGACAUGACAUCAUAUUACCCCAUGUUUGGUUUACUUUAUUUUGUAACCAUGACAACUGGUAGACUGUUGGAGCUAGGAACACAAGCAUUUCACUACACCUGCAAUAACAUCUGCUAAAUAUGUGGAUGCGACCAAUAAAAUGUGAUUUGAUUUGACUAAUAACAGUCCUUUUAUGGUAAAUAGGUUUCGACUAUCCUAAAUGAUGUGGUAGGUAACGUUAACGUGACAAUGCCUUGAUUCUUAUCUAGAAUUGGUUUAGGCCUACACUCCCUAUUCAAACACUAUGUCUGUCAAUGGUUUUGUUUUUAGAUCAUGUGAACACUAAGUUGUCUGAAAACAAGUUAAUUUGAUGUGCCAGGUAAUGGGCAUAGAUUGCUUAACUAUCAUAAAGUUUUCUUGAUUGCAACUAUGACUCAUAAAGUAAGAGAGUGUAGCCUAGAUGGAGACAUUCAGUGCCCUAUGAUUCAGUGGGCAGGACUCCUGGCUUGGUUACUGGCACAGAGAAAGACAUGGGCUGCAUCCCAAAUGGAUGCAAAAGUAAUGCACUAUAUAGGGAAUAGGGUGCCAUUUGGGGUGCACCCAUGGUGUUUCACCAUACCAGCCAGACUAACCCAGUGACAUAGCUAGCCAGGUCACGGGGCUACGUUCCCAUAGACUGUCACGACACAGCAUUCUCAGAGAGUUUGAUUCCUUCGUUUAUGACCCUGGAACACUGUCCAAGCCUACACUCAUUCCUGAGCCUACUAAAUGUUUGUCAUUGUGCGGAGUGGUUUUGCAAUCUGUGUAGUAUUGUGAUGCUGCAGUGCACUGUUGCUGCUCACAGACUCAUUGUCCUGAAAACUUCUAGUUGGCGUUACAAUAUUUGUUUUGUAAUCCAAUCCACACAAAGGGCACUUUAUUCCCUGGUCAAAAGCCCUGGUCAACAGUAGUGCAAAGGACUACAUAUGGAAAAGGGUGCCAUUUGGGAUACAGACUAUGCUUGCCACAUACUGUACAGCCUACAGUCCUCCCUGGAUAAGAGCGUCUGCUAAAUGACGUAUUGAUUACGUCAACAGUUACUGAUACGGUAUAGUUUGCCCUUUUGUAGUGAGAAUCUUAGAAGCCUUAUAUCUGUUUCCCGGGCCUGUACUGUAUUGCAUUAUUUUUGACAAUGCUCAUUUCUGCUCUAGACAGCACAUUUAAAGUUAAUGUCCGUGUUCACUGUUCAGGUCAAAGUAAUAACUGUUUUACCAAAUACUGGAGCAGUCAUUUUUAGCGGUCUUCAAAGAUAUGACAUGAUAAAAGUAGAUAAUGUCUUCUAUAGUAAAGUAUAAAUCAUUGCCUUGCUCUGGAAAUGUCAGUUAGAACCAACUCAAAUUAAUGUAUUUUGGGGAGUUUUUUUUUAUUCUGCUGUGAAUCAAUGCACUGUUGUUUUAUUAGGAAACUGUACUCAUCAUGGACUGAGAGGUUUCAUUAGUUGUUGAGCUGCUUCCAAGUUACUGCAUUUUAGCCAUCGGAAAUUCCUCUUCUCCUGAUAAUGAUUCACUGAGAACCGAUCUUAAAGUGCUUUGAAAUUACUCCCUUUGUUUUGACUUUGAUUUACUAUAUGUCUACUCUAUUGCUUCCCCUAUUAAAACGGAGCUAACUCAUCAAUGUCAAAUGUCGAUUAGUCUCUAUUUUCUCAGUUUUGCAAAUGUUUAUGCUUUGUUAAACUUGUAUGUAACAAUUUGAACGAUUGCUAUUGCACCUAUUGUGUCUGGCUAUUCUGUCCUAAUUUCUAAUCAGUUCAUUACAUUUGAUUACAAUGAUUAGAUAGAUGAGAACAGUAGCUGGAUUAAAACCUCAUAAAGAUGUGCUGCAGUAGCUGUAUCAUUCAGUGCUUAGGAGACCAGUGAUGCAGACCAAGGCAGUGAGGGAAAAAAGUAUUUGAUCCCCUGCUGAUUUUCUACGUUUGCCCACUGACAAAGAAAUUAUCAAUCUAUAAUUUUAAUGGUAGGUUUAUUUGAACAGCGAGAGACAGAAUAACAACAAAGACAUCCAGAAAAACACAUGUCAAAAAUGUUAUAAAUUGAUAUGAAUUUUAAUGAGGGAAAUAAGUAUUUGACCCCCUCUCAAUCAGAAAGAUUUCUGGCUCCCAGGUGUCUUUUAUACAGGUAACGAGCUGAGAUUAGGAGCGCGCUCUUAAAUGGAGUGCUCCUAAUCUCAGUUUGUUACCUGUAUAAAAGAUACUUGUCCACAGAAGCAAUCAAUCAAUAAGAUUCCAAACUCUCCACCAUGGCCAAGACCAAAUAGCUCUCCAAGGAUGUCAGGGACAAGAUUGUAGACCUACACAAGGCUGGAAUGGGCUACAAGACCAUCGCCAAGCAGCUUGGUGAGAAGGUGACAACAGUUGGUGCGAUUAUUUGCAAAUGGAAGAAACACAAAAGAACUGUCAAUCUCCCUCGGCCUGGGGCUCCAUGCAAGAUCUCACCUCGUGGAGUUGCAAUGAUCAUGAGAAUGGUGAGGAAUCAGCCCAGAACUACAUGGGAGGAUCUUGUCAAUGAUCUCAAGGCAGCUGGGACCAUAGUCACCAAGAAAACAAUUGGUAACACACUACGCCAUGAAGGACUGAAAUCCUGCAGCGCCCGCAAGGUCCCCCUGCUCAAGAAAGCACAUAUACAGGGCCGUCUGAAGUUUGCCAAUGAACAUCUGAAUGAUUCAGAGGAGAACUGAGUGAAAGUGUUGUGGUCAGAUGAGACCAAAAUCGAGCUCUUUGGCAUCAACUCAACUCGCCGUGUUUGGAGGAGGAGGAAUGCUGCCUAUGACCCCAACAACACCAUCCCCACCAUCAAACAUGGAGGUGGAAACAUUAUGCUUUGGGGGUGUUUUUCUGCUAAGGGGACAGGACAACUUCACCGCAUCAAAAGGACGAUGGACGGGGCCAUGUACCGUCAAAUCUUUCCCUCAGCCAGAGCAUUGAAAAUGGGUCAUGGAUGGGUAUUCCAGCAUGACAAUGACCCAAAACACACGGCCAAGGCAACAAAGGAGUGGCUCAAGAAGAAGCACAUUAAGGUCCUGGAGUGGCCUAGCCAGUCUCCAGACCUUAAUCCCAUAGAAAAUAUGUGGGGAGCUGAAGGUUCGAGUUGCCAAACGUCAGCCUCGAAACCUUAAUGACUUGGAGAAGAUCUGCAAAGAGGAGUGGAACAAAAUCCCUCCUGAGAUGUGUGCAAACCUUGUGGCCAACUACAAGAAACGUCUGACCUCUGUGAUUGGCAACAAGGGUUUUGCCACCAAGUACUAAGUCAUGUUUUGCAGAGGGGUCAAAUACUUAUUUCCCUCAUUAAAUUGCAAAUCAAUAUAUAACAUUUUUUCUGGAUUUUUUUGUUGUUAUUCUGUCUCUUACUGUUCAAAUAAACCUACCAUUAAAAUUACAGACUAUUCAUGUAUUUGUCAGUGGGCAAACGUACAAAAUCAGCAGGGGAUCAAAUACUUUUUUCCCUCACUGUACAUGUCCUCUCUGCAUUAGUGUACUGAAAUAGCCAGUCUUAUUGAUUAGCAGGGCCAUGGAGCAGGCUGCUGCCCUCCUAUUGAGAAUGCUCCCCCUAAGUUCAGAGUACAAGGACAGGAACUAUUUGUGGAAUCACUUACUAAAUUAAAUGACUGUAAAAUGACUUGUGUUUGUGGUCCACAACAUGUGCUCCUUGUAUGGGGUUAUCAAAGUUGUAGUUUUUUCUCUGUCACUUAAGGCAUGUUUUCUUUUUUUCUUCCAGUUGCUGGAUAUAAACUGGACAGGCCUCACAAAUAUGCUGGACAUUCCAGGUUUGAAGUAAGUGACAACUGCAUGAUUGCAAACCCUGCUUGUAAUGGUCUCGAUUACAUGGCUUCUGUCACCACUACCACACCCUUCUCUCUCUCUCUCUCUCUCUCUCUAUCUCUCUCUCUCUCUCUCUCUCUCUCUCUAUAAUAUCGGUAUAUUUGAUAUUGACGAUAUAUUGUGAAGAGCAGGACAAUGUAUUGUGAUGUGCAAGACUAUACUCUAUUUGAACUUUACAAAUCAAAACUGUGCAGAUUUAUCAGUUAGCCUGUAUUAAUAUGCUGAAAAUGAAGUCUAAAUGAAUGAACUAAGCCUAAUUUUUUCACAAUUUGCACAGUCUGGGAUUAUUUUGUCAUUAGCGGCGCUAAAUGAUUAUAUCGGAUAUCUCGACAUUUGGAGUAACAUAUCGUAGAAGAGGUCUCCCCAAAUAUCACCCAAUCCUGGUGUGGUUUAGAACUGGCCUAACCCCCAUUAUAAACUGUGUGGUUCCAGCCCUGAAUGCUGAUUGGCUGACAGCCGUGGUAUAUCAGACCGUAUACCACGGGUAUGACAAAACAUUUAUUUUUACUGCUCUAAUUACGUUGGUAAUCAGUUUAUAAUAGCAAUAAGGCACCUCAGGGGUUUGUGGUAUAUGGCCAAUAUACCACGGCUAAGGGCUGGAUCCAGACACUCCGUGUUGCGUGGUGCUUAUGAACAGCCCUUAGCAGUGGUAUAUUGGCCAUAUACCACACCCCCUCAUGCCUUAUUGUUUAAAUAUACAGUUGAAGUCGGAAGUUUACAUACACCUUAGCCAAAUACAUUUAAACUCCCUGUCUUAGGUCAGUUAGGAUCACCACUUUAUUUUAAGAAUGUGAAAUGUCAGAAUAAUAGUAGAGAGAAUGAUUUAUUUAAGCUUUUAUUUCUUUCAUUACAUUCCCAGUGGGUCAGAAGUUUACAUACACUCAAUUAGUAUUUGGUAGCAUUGCCUUUAUGUUGUUUAACUUGGGUCAAACGUUUCGGGUAGCCUUCCACAAGCUUCCCACAAUAGGUUGGGUGAAUUUUGGCCCAUUCCUCCUGACAGAGCUGGUGUAACUGAGUCAGGUUUGUAGGCCUCCUUGCUCGCACACGCUUUUUCAGUUCUGCCCACAAAUGUUCUAUAGGAUUGAGGUCAGGGCUUUGUGAUGGCCACUCCAAUACCUUGACUUUGUUGUCCUUAAGCCAUUUUGUCACAACUUUGGAAGUAUGCUUGGGGUCAUUGUCCAUUUGGAAGACCCAUUUGCGACCAAGCUUUAACUUCAUGACUGAUGUUUUGAGAUGUUGCUUCAAUAUAUCCACAUAAUUUUCCUUCCUCAUGAUGCCAUCUAUUUUGUGAAGUCCACCAAUCCCUCCUCCAGCAAAGCACCCCCACAGCAUGAUGCUGCCACCCCCGUGCUUCACGGUUGGGAUGGUGUGCUUUGGCUUGCAAGCAACCUCCUUUUUCCUCCAAACAUAAUGAUGGUCAUUAUGGCCAAACAGUUCUAUUUUUGUUUCAUCAGACCAGAGGACAUUUCUCCAAAAAGUAAGAUCUUUGUCCCCAUGUGCAGUUGCAAAUCGUAGUCUGGCUUUUUUAUGGCGGUUUUGGAGCAGUGGCUUCUUCCUUGCUGAGCGGCCUUUCAGGUUAUGUCGAUAUAGGACUCGUUUUACUGUGGAUAUAGAUACUUUUGUACCUGUUUCCUCCAGCAUCUUCACAAGGUCCUUUGCUGUUGUUCUGGGAUUUAUUUGCACUUUUCGCACCAAAGUACGUUCAUCUCUAGGAGACAGAACGCGGCUCCUUCCUGAGCGGUAUGACGGCUGCGUGGUCCCAUGGUGUUUAUACUUGCGUACUAUUGUUUGUACAGAUGAACGUGGUACCUUCAGGCGUUUGGAAAUUGCUCCCAAGGAUGAACCAGACUUGUGGAGGUCUACCAUUUUUUUUCUGAGGUCUUGGCUGAUUUCUUUUGAUUUUCCCAUGAUGUCAAGCAAAGAGGCACUGAGUUUGAAGGUAGGCCUUGAAAUACAUCCACAGGUACACCUCCAAUUGACUCAAAUGAUGUCAAUUAGCCUAUCAGAAGCUUCUAAAGCCAUGACAUCAUUUUCUGGAAUUUUCCAAGCUGUUUAAAGGCACAGUCAACUUAGUGUAUGUCAACUUCUGACCCACUGGAAUUGUGAUACAGUGAAUUAUAAGUUAAAUGAUCUGUCUGUAAACAAUUGUUGGAAAAAUUACUUGUGUCAUGCACAAAGUAGAUGUCCUAACCAACUUGCCAAAACUAUAGUUUGUUAACAAGACAUUUGUGGAGUGGUUGAAAAAUGAGUUUUAAUGACUCCAACCUAAGUGUAUGUAAACUUCCGACUUCAACUGUAGGUAUGGUAGGGAAAUGAGCUCUGAUAUUGGUUUACUCAGAGGGUGUUGUCUACAGUUACAGUAAACAUUAACAGUAAAUGGGCAUCUGUAUUGUAUUCUUGUGUUGGCGUCCCAAAUGGCACCCCUAUUCCCUAGAGUGUGCACUACUUUUGACCAGAGCUCUAUGAGUCCUGGUAAAAAGUAGUGCACUAUAAAGGGAAUAGGGUGCCAUUUGGGACAUACACCUUGUUAUCAGUCCAAAUAGGCUAAUAGAUUAGAGGCAACAGUUUUUUAAUGUGAUCACCAAUUACCAGGGAUGAAGGGAGGAGGUAGAGGAGGAGGGGAAAGGUAUCUAUAUCAUGAAGUUAAUUGUGUCAGUGAGAGCCUAAAGGCUAAGGUUUACUUGGCUGUUGAUGGCUCCUAUGUCAGGCUUGAAAACAGCUCUGUACCUCGAGCGAUGACAACCAUGGAUGCGUCUCAAAUGACACCCUAUUCCCUAGUGCACUACUUUUGACCAGGCCCUGGGAAUAGGAUGCCAUUUUGGACGCAGACCAGGCAGCACAAACAGUCAGGCACUAGGGAACAUUAACAUGAAGGCCUCAUUGUUGUGGCGAGAGAGAGCCAGGUGGCCGCUUUCAGGGAUGGAGGGAGGGAGGGAGGGAGUGUGCGUAUAUGCGCACGCCCGUGCUUGUAUGGCACGUGUAUGCGUACAUGUUAGUAGCAUUUUACUGUAUGUCGGUAAUGACACCAUGGCAGGUAUAACUUACUAACAGGCCAGUCCACUCUCUCAGACAGAGCUGCAGUCUGUGAGGGAUGUGGAGGGAGAAUUGUCAGCAUAGCUCUCCCUUCUGUGUCCCAAAUGACACCCUAUUCCGUAUAAAGUGCACUACUUUUGACCAGGGCCCAUAGGGAAUAGGGUGCCAUUUGGAAUGCUGGCCCUGUAGCUGCAUGUUAAAAGUAGUCCUACACCACUGUGAGGUCACAGCACCAUGAGGUCAUUCAUUUACAGCUCUAAGCAAAGCAGCCAUGUGGUGGAGGGCGUGCAAUUAGAGGACAAGAAGCUAGCACAUUCAAAUACUACUGGACCCCAUGCCUUGUUUCAACGUCUCACCAUUCAAGUUCUGUCAAAUGCUGUCACUGUCAGCAAGUGAUAUACUCACUUAUCCCAAAAGUGGGAUCAAAUGAAACAAAGCUAAAUGGACCAUUGUAUAUACAGUGUAAAUAGUGUUGUCAAGGGUGGUCUCCAUGGAAAAUACUGUUAAAGUCACAUGAGAGAAGAAAAUGAGCAACUAACUGGGCGGCCGGUAGCCUAGCGGGUAUGAGCAUUGGGCCACUGGAAGGUUGCUGGAUCGAAUCCCAGAGCCGGCAAGGUAAAAAUCAGUCGUUCUGCCCUUGAACAAGGCAGUUAACCCCCAACAGCAACUGCUCCCCGGGUGCCUAUGAUGUUGAUUAAGUCAGCCCCAUGCACCACUCUGAUUCAGAGGGUGGGUUAAAUGCGGAAGACACAUUUCAGUUGAAUGCAUUCAGUUGUGCAACUGACUAGGUAUCACCUUUCCUUUCCCUAACCAUGCAGACAGGAUCCCCAUUGUAAUGAAAUGGGUCCUCCAGCUUCCUUUGUUUCUGACGGCUUUAAACUAUAAAUAGUCAUCUAAACCGAGUUAGCCCUCCUCCUGAAAAGCCCUGGAAUCCCUUAGGGCUGCUAUUGAAAUGAUUAAAUUAAUGAAUAGAUUAGAAUGGGGAUUGUAACUUGUUUAUUUUAUCUAAGUGUUGAUAUUUAUAGAAGUUGAUGAUGGAGUGGUCAGAGAAGUUGACAUGUGACUCAAUAGACGGGUGUGUUUUGAAGCUUGGAUGGUAUAUGUGUUAAAAUGCUACAGUGAAUAUUUGGCCUUUGAAUAUACUUAAUUAUAUGAAGAGCCAUGCAGAGAUACAGAUAACUUCCAAAAUAAAGGAAACACUUGAGUAAAUGAGGGAUACAAAGUAUAUUGAAAGCAGGUGCUUCCACACAGGUGUGGUUAUUGAGUUAAGUAAGCAAUUAACAUCCCAUCAUGCUUAGGGUCAUGUAUAAAAAUGCCCAGUUGCCUAUUAUUUUGUCUACCAUGGCUAGAAGACAAGAUCUCAGUGACUUUGCAAGAGGGGUCUCAAAGGAGCAAAGGGUGUUUAAAGGGUGUGUGUGUGUGUGUCUCAGUCACCAGAUCAACCCAAUUGAACACUGGUGGGAAGAUUCUGGAGCGGCACCUGAGACAGCGUUUUCCACCACCAUCAACAAAACACAAAAUUAUGGAAUUUCUUGUGGAAGAAUGGUGUCGCAUACCUUCAGUAGAGUUCCAGACACUUGUAGAAUCUAUGCCAAGGUUAAUUGACGCUGUUCUGUCAGCUCGUGGUGUCCUAACACCCUAUUAAGACACUUUAUGUUGGUGUUUCCUUUAUUUUGGCAGUUACCUGUAUGUUUAGGCCUAUAUGGCAGUGGUUUGAUAGUUAGUAAGUGAAGUGCCCUGAUCAAGGUCCACAACUAAACAAAUAGGUAUAGUGCCUGGUGUGUUCUUUGUUCUGGUUUUGGAAUGAGACUCCUUCCUGUGAAAUGUAGCCUUCCUCUUUCUAUGGGUUUGCAGGAAACAACCUGAAACUGGCCUUGCCUUACACACACACACACUCACACUCUCUCUCACACACACACACAGUUGUGCCUCCCCCCGCUCCCCCCAACACACAGACAAUCUCUGAAAGUCUAAAGAGUCUGAAAAGUUUAAUUGUAGCUUUGCUUACCAUGAGUGUGUGUGUGUGUGAACAGACAUGGGGUUCUGUGUAUGAGGCUCACAUUUCCUCUGGUAUGAUUUUCAUCUCAUACUCAAAACAGCAGGCAUCUUAGGUUACCCCUAAGUGUGUGUGUGUUUGGCCCCUGUCUGGGACCAUUCUUGAAAUGGAAGUUGUCACUCCUCCUCCCCCAACACACAGACAUGCUCAGAAAGUAUAAAGUCUGAAAAGUUGAAUUGUAGCUUAUCUUUUCCUACAAACAGACAAAAAGGAAGGAAAUAGGAUAAAAUGCUAAGUCACUAACAUAUGUUAUCAAUUAUAAUUUGAGUGAAUUGCAGUUGAACACAAGCAAUUAAUACAUUCCUUCUGCAAGAAACCCAGAAAUGGGCGUGCUGGCCUCCACAUAUUUCACAUCCACACUUUUUCCCAGAACCAAAAACAACCUCCUUUUAUAGACAUGAUAGAAUAUGUCGUAACCUCAGAGGAAUCUUGAGGACGGGAUGGGGGAGGCCUGGCUGCACCAUUAAACCCAGCUCUGAGGGAAUAACACACCCACUUAGGGAGUUCUCCAUUCACUACAAUGCUGCCAUCUAGUGGUCAUUAGAAAAACAUAACAUUGACUGUGGUUUGGAUUCCCCCUUUACGAUAAGCUUUGUCUUGGCUCCAGUUGAAAUACAUACAGGGCUUAUAUUAAUUUAAAUACAGGAUAUCCAUUUCCUGUAAGGAUUAGUAGUGGAGCCAUUGGAAGUCGUGGUUAACUUGUGGGAUACUACACUGAGCUCAUAAAUAGACUAUUAGGAAAUUGAGAAGUUUGUGUGUGUGCACACCGCUGUCACAUGUCUAGUAGUGUAAUGUCUCUUGGCACAUGUCUAUAGUAUGAGUCAGAGGUGGGGGUGGGGGCAGGGAGGGAGGUUGGGCCUCUGGACUUCAGACUGUGACAGUGCCCUUGACUUCUGCUGUCACACAUAGUGACACAUAGGGUUAAUCUCAAAUGGCACCCUAUUUCCAAUAUAGUGCACUACUUUUGACCAGGCCCCAUUGGGUUCUGGUCAAAAGUAGUGCACUAUGGGGGAUAGGGUGCCAUUUGGGGCAUAGACGGUGACCCCUCCCCCCUGCUCUACACCUGCCAAUAGAAGGUCAGAGUUGUAUAGGGCUACACCCCCCAACUCCCCAACCCAUCCAACACUCACCACCCAUCCAAUGUUCCCUCUAAGCUGCCCUGGGAGCUCCCAGAGACUGCCGUGCAGAAGAAAUAUCAGCCCACGCAGAGAAGCACGAGAUUGAACUUCACUCAAUUUUCUAGAGUUUUCCCCAUUACACUAUCAACGUUUCCCUAUACUGUGGGAAUUGUGAUCGAAUCAACGCAAUAUUAGCCACUUUCAAUGCAACAUACCAAAAUAAAACGAACUAUGCAAGAGAUUUUGUUGUAGGCAGAGCGCAUCGGAGUAGGAUUAUUUUGCAUUGACUCAGGCCCGUACUCUACACAGACCGGUGCACCAUAACCAAUCAGAGCUGCAGUAGGCCUAUAUGCAAAUAAACCAUUGCCGUAUAUGGAUUUGUGCCAUUCACUUUGAACUGGAUUGUUUUACAGCAUGAGCGGUCGCAAUUUAUUAUGCGCUUGUUUUGAGCUCAAAGCGAGAGCUGCAUGUAGCCACGUGUGCACAUUUGUUCAUAUCCUUUGCUAGUUAGUGAGUUAUUAGCCCAGUUAUAGAUAAUUUAUAGUCGGAAAUGUGGGAGUGAUUGCUUCCUACAAGUGCACAAAAUGUGAACAUUUCUAGCCGUCUUUGAAAAGCGAGUCAGGUUAAGAGCUUUUUUUAUGUCUUAAAGGGGCAGUGUUGUAUUUUGAGACAGGCGUGAAUAUGCUAAUUAGCCAAUAGGCAGAGGGUAGCAUAAUUUGUCUGAUUCUCUGUAAUAAUGGUAUGGGAAUAAUAAUGCAUUUUAUUUUGUAAAGUGGUUUCUUGCAUCAAACAACACAACAAAAUGUUCAGUCACCUCUUUGUCUGAAGAACAAGUGGAUAAACAGGUUAAUGUCAAGCCCUGCAUGUAAAAAAAUAAAAUAAAAGUCUCAUGGAAUGUAGGCCUACGUUGAACACCACACAUUGGCUGCUACUGUAGGCUGAAUGAUAGAACCGUUAUUUCCAUGUUAAAAUGUUAUGGGAUGCAUUUUCUCCAUAGUUAUUUUAUGGUAGGCCACUCUGGUAGGCAUACAUUAUGAUCAAGUAGCCACAGCAGCCUACUUGGCCACUGUUAAAACAGUAAAUUAAGGUGGGUACAGCCUCAGUGUUCACAGUAAAUGCCUGCCGGAAGUUGCACAGAAUUUUCACAAUGUUCAAGUAUGCGCUCAGCAGACCUGAAAUUCUCUCAGUGCUGAGAAAUAUUUGAUGGAACAUUGCACCCAUCUGCUGACUGGGUAUUUCCCUGUGAUGGCCUGUAUGCUGCUGGGAAGACCCUUUUUUUAAACAGUUAAGUCUCCAAACUUAGGACCUUUAUUUGCAACUUGAUGUGUUCUAAUUCAAUCCAAGGCAAUAUCAAAUAUAUUGUUAAAUUAAUAUUGUACAAUGUCAUUGUUUAUACACCUAUUUCUAUUGAGAAGUGGCUGUCCCAAACCCUGAUUCCUUAACUUCAUUAAAAAAAAUACAUCUUGAGUUGUUCUAUUAUUACAUUGAAUGAUACUGAUCUAAUUAUUUGUUUUAUUUAUUUUUAAACAUAUUUUUCUGAAAAACGCUGUCCCCACUACCGAAAUACAAACUUUAAAAGACUGUAGAAUGAAUGUGCUUUAAGCUACAACCCUACAAAUAUCACCAGGUGAUGGGAUUGCACCCAUCUCCACUAUGGCCACAUGGUGAGUAGUCUUUCUGCAAACAUUUAGGAGAAAAUGAGUUAACAAGUUGGUAAAUAUUAAUGUAUUUUUAAGAAGUGUCACUACCGAACAUCUAAUAUAUCAAGAAAUAUGUAAAGUAUGGUUUUGGGACUAAAAUAUACAGUAACAGUCAAACGUUUGGACACACCUACUCAUUCAAGGGUUUUUCUUUAUUUUUACUAUUUUCUACACUGUAGAAUAAUAGUGAAGACAUACAAACUAUGAAAUAACACAUAUGGAAUCAUGUAGUAACCAAAAAAGUGUUAAACAAAUCUAAAUAUAUUUUAUAUUUGAGAUUCUUCUAAUAGCCACCCUUUGCCUUGAUGACAGCUUUGCACAAUCUUGGCAUUCUCUCAACCAGCUUCACCUGGAAUGCUUUUCCAACAGUCUUGAAGGAGUUCCCACAUAUGCUGAGCACUUUUUGGCUGCUUUUCCUUCACUCUGCGGUCCAACUCAUCCCAAACCAUCUCAGUUGGGUUGAGGUCGGGGGAUUGUGGGGGCCAGGUCAUCUGAUGCAGCACUACAUCACUCUCCUUCUUGGCAAAAUAGCCCUUACACAGCCUGGAGGUGUGUUGGGUCAUUGUCCUGUUGAAAAACAAAUGAUAGUCCCACUAAGCCCAAACCAGAUGGGAAGGCGUAUCGCUGCAGAAUGCUGUGGUAGCCUCGCUGGUUAAGUGUGCCUUGAAUUCUAAAUAAAUCACAGAUAGUGUCACCAGCAAAGCACCCCCACACCAUAACACCUCCUCCUCCAUGCUUUACGAUGGGAACUACACAUGCGGAGAUCAUCCGUUCACCCACACCGCAUCUCACAAAGACACAGCGGUUGUAAAGAAAAAUCUCCAAUUUGGACUCCAGACCAAAGGACACAUUUCCACCGGUCUAAUGUCCAUUGCUCGUGUUUCUUGGCCCAAGCAGGUCUCUUCAUCUUAUUGGUGUCCUUUAGUAGUGGUUUCUUUGCAGCAAUUAGACCAUGAAGGCCUGAUUCACGCAGUCCCCUCUGAACAGUUGAUGUUGAGAUGUGUCUGUGACUUGAACUCUGUGAAGCAUUUAUUUGGGCUGCAAUUUCUGAGGCUGGUAACUCUAAUGAACGUAUCCUCUGCAGCAGAGGUAACUCUGGGUCUUCCAUUUCUUUGGCGGUCCUCAUGAGAGCCAGUUUCAUCAUAGCGCUAGAUGGUUUUUGCGACUGCACUUUCAAAGUUCUUGAAAUGCUCCGUAUUGACUGACCUUCCUGUCUUAAAGUAAUGAUGGACUGUCGUUUCUUUUUGCUUAUUUGAGCUGUUCUUGCCAUAAUUUGGACUUUUACCAAAUAGGGCCAUCUUCUGUAUACCCCCUACCUUGUCACAACACAACUGAUUGGCUCAAACGCAUUAAGAAGGAAAUAAAUUCCACAAGUUAUCUUUUAAGAAGGCACACCUGUUAAUUGAAAUGCAUUCCAGGUGACUACCUCAUGAAGCUGGUUGAGAGAAUGCCAAGACUGUGCAAAGCUGUCAUCAAGGCAAAGGGUGGCUAUUUGAAGAAUCUCAAAUAUAAAAUAUAUUUAGAUUUGUUUAACACUUUUUUGGUUACUGCAUGAUUCCAUAUGUGUUAUGUCAUAGUGUUGAUGUCUUCGCUAUUAUUCUACAAUGUAAAAAUAAAGAAAAACCCUUGAAUGAGUAGGUGUGUCCAAACUUGUGACUGGUAGUGUAUGUUUGCUGGGAUGUACAUCUAUCCAAAUGAAAGAUAGCCAGCCAUAUGUUAGCUAUGGGGAGUCUUUAAAAUCCAAAAUAAAUCAAAAUUGUCCAAACUGAAACGGUCACAACCGAAACAAUUGACCCCGUAGAGAUACUGUAUAUAGAGGUCUCAUCCUUGUAUCUGUACCUUUAACGAUUCAGUGACAGCACGUGCAGUGCCAUUGAGGCUAUAUCCAAUUUUAUGUUGCAUGCGCCAUGCAACUGAGCUAAGGAGGACCACUAUGUGGGUAGUAGACAAGUGCACACUUCAGGAAAAAUUUAGAGUAUUGAGAUGUUCCUACCAGUUCCUACCCUGCAAUUUUUUGGCCAUAUCUUUGGCAAAACAUAGACAUCUAUAAUGUGCUAAACUGUACUGUACUUUACUAUAUUGUACUAUACUCUACUGUACGGUGCUACUGUUCUGUGCUCUACUGUACUGUACCCUACUCUAAUAUUUUCCACUGUACUCGAGUUUAGUUUACUUGAGUUUCUUACAAUUGAAGAAAGGGCCUAGGGACUUUUGAUCUAGUGGUCUUGGUCUUGAGAGCACUCAAGAUAACAUAAAUUCGGGCUUUAACUUGUUAUGGUCUCAACUCACUGGGUCUAGGUCUGGAUCUUGGGACCAAUGUCCUGGUAUAUAUCUUGGUCUUGGCUCCUGGAUAUUACCUUAGUCUUUGGUUUACAAACCAUAAGCAACCCAAUUUGAAGAAAACAAUGCUCUCCGAUCAUUGGCUGAUCACUCCCAACCUAUAGGAAUCCCCACCCAGUUGGCUACAUUUAAAUGGUGGAAGACCUCAAUGGCAAUGUCUAUACGAAUUAUUUCCAUCUAGAGUCCUCUAUUUAUCUGAAACGCUUGUUAUUUUACCAAAAUAAAGAUGGGUAAAGUGAUAAUAAAAAAAUCUAACAACAUAAUUAAUGAGAUGCAUAGGUAAUUAAAUCAAUCAACAAGUUUCAGAUUCAUACAAUCAACAUUGAACAUUUUACAGAAAGCAAUAGAUAUUAUAUUUCUCUCAAUGAAAUGUAAAGGUUUUGAAAAUCAGGUAAAAAAUCCUGUUUUUACUAUUUUGUUAAUUUUGUAUGCAAAUAAAAUUCAUAAAAUGACUAUUUUUUAUUUUUUAUUUCACCUUUAUUUAACCAGGUAAGCCAGUUGAGAACAGGUUCUCAUUUACAACUGCGACCUGGCCAAGAUAAAGCAAAGUAGUGCAAUAAAAACAACACAGAGUUACAUAUGGGGUAAAAAAACAUAAAGUCAGAAAUACAACAGAAGAUAUAUAUACAGUGUGUGCAAAUGUAGCAAGUUAUGGAGGUAAGGCAAUAAAUAGGCUAUAGUGCAGAAUAAUUACAAUAGUAUUAACACUGGAAUGCUAGAUGUGCAAGAGAUUAUGUGCAAAUAGAGAUACUGGGGUGCAAAAGAGCAAAAUAAAUAACAAUAUAGGGAUGAGGUAGUUGGGUGGGCUAAUUUCAGAUGGGCUGUGUACAGGUGCAGUGAUCGGUAAGGUGCUCUGACAACUGAUGCGUAAAGUUAUUGAGGGAGAUAAGAGUCUCCAGCUUCAGAGAUUUUUGCAAUUCGUUCCAGUCAUUGGCAGCAGAGAACUGGAAGGAAUGGCGGCCAAAGGAGGUGUUGGCUUUGGGAAUGACCAGUGAGAUAUACCUGCUGGAUCGCAGACUACGGGUGGGUGCUGCUAUGGUGACCAAUGAGCUAAGAUAAGGCGGGGAUUUGCCUAGCAGUGAUUUAUAGAUGGCCUGGAGCCAGUGGGUUUGACGACGGACAUGUAGUGAGGACCAGCCAACAAGAGCGUACAGGUCACAGUGGUGGGUAGUGUAUGGGGCUUUGGAGACAAAACGGAUGGCACUGUGAUAGACUACAUCCAAUUUGCUGAGUAGAGUGUUGGAGGCUAUUUUGUAAAUGACAUCGCCGAAGUCAAGGAUCGGUAGGAUAGUCAGUUUUACGAGGGCAUGUUUGGCAGGAUGAGUGAAGGAGGCUUUGUUGCGAAAUAGGAAGCCGAUUCUAGAUUUAACUUUGGAUUGGAGAUUCUUUAUGUGAGUCUGGAAGUUGAGUUUACAGUCUAACCAGACACCUAGAUAUUUGUAGUUGUCCACAUACUCUAGGUCAGACCCGUCGAGAGUGGUGAUUCUAGUCGGGUGGGCGGGUGCUAGCAGCGUUCGAUUGAAAAGCAUGCAUUUAGUUUUACUAGUGUUUAAGAGCAGUUGAAGGCUACUGAAGGACUAUAAUAGAAGGUUAAUGAAAAUAUGCAUUGUUCUCCCUUUAUUGCAACUUUUUCAAAACAUUUAAAUAGUUACAUUUAGUGGGGUGGUAACGAAUUCAGGUAAAUAUAUCAAAUAUGCAAUACAAACUUAAGUGUGUGAGUAGUAUGUACUGUAUGUCUACCUGACAGACACUACAUGACCAAAAGUGUGUGGACAGGACACAUGCUCAUCGAACAUCUUAUUCCAAAGUCAUGGGCAUUCAUAUGGAGUUGGUCCCCCAUUUGCUGCUAUAAUAGUCUCCACUCUUCUGGGAAUGCUUUCCACUAGAUGUUGGAACAUUGCUGCAGGGACUUGCUUCCAUUCAGCCACAAGAGCAUUAGUCGGACACUGAUGUUGGGCGAUUAGGCCUGGAUCGCAGUCGCCGUUCCAAUUCAUCCCAAAGGUGUUUGAUGGGGUUGAGCUCAGAGCUCUGUGCAGGCCAGUCAAGUUCUUCCACACCGAUCUCGACAAACCAUUUCUGUCUGGACCUCGCUUUGUGCACGGGGGCAUUGUCAUGCUGAAACAGUAAAGGGCCUUCCCCAAACUUUUGCCACAAAGUUGGAAGCACAGAAUCGUCUAGAAUGUCAUUGUAUGCUGUAGCGUUAAGAUUUCCCUUCACUGGAACUAAGGAGCCUGAACCAUGAAAAACAGCCCCAGACCCCUAUUCCUCCUCCACCAAUCUUUACAGUUGGCACUAUUCAUUCGGGCAGGUAACGUUCUCCUGGCAUCCACCAAUCCCAAAUUAGUUUGUCGUACUGCCAGAUGGUGAAGCGUGAUUCAUCACUCCAGAGAAUGCGUUUCCACUUCUCCAGUGUCCAUUGGCGGUGAGCUUUACACCACUCCAGCCGGCGCUUGGCAUUGCGCAUGGUGAUCUUAGGCUUGUGUGCGGCUGCUCAGCCAUGGAAACCCAUUUCAUGAAGCUCCUGACGAACCGUUCUUGUGCUGAUGUUGCUUCCAGAGGCAGUUUGGAACUCAGUAGUACGCGCUUCAGCACUCCCGUUCUGUGAGCUUGUGUGGCUUUCCACUUCGCGGCUGAGCCGUUGUUGCUCCUAGACGUUUUACACUUCACAAUAACAGCGCUUACAGUUGACCAGAGCAGCUCUAGCAGGGCAGGAAUUUGACAAACUGACUUGUUGGAAAGGUGGCAUCCUAUGAUGGUGCCACGUUGAAAGUCAAUGAACGCUUCAGUAAGGCCACUCUACUGCCAAUGUUUGUCUAUGGAGAUUGCAUGGCUGUGUGCUUGAUUUUAUACACUUGUCAGCAACGGGUGUGGCUGAAAUAGCAGAAUCCACUAACUUGAAGGGGUGUCCACAUACUUUUGUAAAUAUAGUGUAUGUUGGAAGACGUGUGCUGAAAGUUUGGGAGAAAUGGGAUACAAAUGGGAAUUUCUUUCCAACCCCCAAUUUACACCACUUCUGUAGAACGACCCAUGUAGGGAAUAGAGAGCCAUUUCAAAUGCAGAAUGUUGGUUGUAACAGGAUGGCGGUAGCAGCAACCUGAAUGGAAGAUGUACGUUUUCUAUCAGUGUCUCUGUGUGUCCCCUGGACUGUGUGUCUUAUAACGUGUAUCCCUGUCUGUGUCCCCUGUUAGUGGCUUGUGUGAUAACCUGAUCCAGGACAUCAUCUACAGCUACCUGGUCCUGCCCAACCGCAUCACCAUUCCUCUGGUGGGAGAGGCUCAGCUGGCUCAGCUACGCUUCCCAAUACCUAAGGUAGGGAGGAUUCCCAAUCACUGAAAGCAAGACACAUAUUCCACUAAAUGAAUCAAAACAUUUUUUGCUGUUGUUUUGUUAUGUUCAAAUGCAACCCAUCCCUUAUGGCAUUAUUGAAUUCCAAUGUUGUUAAUGUAAUACAUUAAAUCACUAUGAUAUACAGUAUUAUGAACUUAGUGUUUUGUCUCUCUCUCCUCUAGGGUGUCCUGAGGAUUCACUUCCUGGAGGCCCAGGACCUGUUAGGGAAGGAUAAGUUCCUGGGGGGUCUGAUCAAGGGCAAGUCAGACCCAUACGGUGUCCUUCACAUCGGCAACCAGCUGUUCCAGAGCAAGGUGGUCAAGGAGAACAUCCAUCCCAAGUGGAACGAAGUCUAUGAGGUAGAGAAAACAUUUUAAAGUGUCCACAAGGAGGUUCGAGAAGUGUUCUUAGGAUGAUUGUUCUGUCUGAAAAAAUCAUGAUUAGAUCUUUGACAGUAUGAGAGGGAAUGUCUUAUUGAAGAAACUGAAUGGGACUAUUUUACAAUGUUGGAGUUGGUGGGUUCUCUGACAUUAGAUACAUUAUUACAGUACAUUACCAAUAUGUUGUCCUGUAUGCCACGCAGAAGGUCUGUAAAACUGUAUGUGUAAAUGUGACCCUCAGGCUAUGGUGUAUGAGCAGUCAGGACCACAGAACCUGGAGAUAGAGCUGUUUGAUGAGGACACAGACCAGGAUGAUUUCCUAGGAAGGUUAAUGAUAGAUCCCAAUCCUUUGGGGUCCUUCCUCAGCCAUCAACAUCACUUGAACAUCAAGCAUGACCUCUGCUGUAGCACAUAAAGUUAUCAUGUGUUAGCCACUCUCUCCAAUUAACUCACAGUACAGUAUGUGUAUAUUUCCCUACAGUUUACUGAUAGAUGUGGCUGAACUUCAGAAGGAACAGAAAGUUGAUGAGGUAAAGUGUUUUUUUUUGUUGUUUUUUUCUAAAUAAAAACACUCAAUUGUAAAUACAGUAUAUGUGAUCAUCCGGCACACUGUGUUCCAUUCCAGUGGUUUGUCAUGGAGGAGGUGAACACCGGAAAGCUGCAUUUAAAACUAGAGUGGCUGUCUCUGCUCCCCACUCCUGAAAAGCUGGAUCAGGUACCGCCUUUCUCUACACUGCAUCCAAAAUGGCACCCUAUUGCCGAUGUAGUGCAAUACUUUUGAUCAGGUCAAAAGUAGUGCACUAUAUAGAGAGUAGGGUGCCAAUUAGGACACAAGCCUAGUCUUUCUGAGUGCUACUUUAGAUCAGUCUGUAUGUUAAUUAACUUUUCAGUCCUUCAGCAUUAAGACACUCAACAUUAAUAAGUCUACAUAUUAAUUAGUAAAUUAAACAUGCAGAUUAAAGGGAUAUUUUGGAUAAUCCAAGACGGAGUGCUCACCCUGUUUGAACUAGUGCUGUGGUGCUUAUUUAACAUUUGUUCCAUUAGUACACUCAUAGAUCCCUGUAACACCUAAUGCUGUGGACACGUCCCAAAUGACACCCUAUUCCCUAUUUAGCGCAUUACUUUUGACCAGGGCCUAUAGGGCUCUAGUCAAAAGUAAUGCGCUAAAUAGGGAAAUAGGGUGUCAUUUGGGACACAAACUGCAUUUCUGCAGUCCAUUAUAUCAGCACUGAAGCCAAUAAUAGAUAACUCACAUCAUUCAAUGUUUGACCAACAGUACAAAUUGCAACUCCUACAGUAUUGGCUAAAGUGCAUAAUUCAUUGUCUCUCAUGGUCUUGCCUAUUUACUGCCUCUGUACCUGUUUGAAGCACCGCUAUAACCCUAAUAGCAUUGUACUAAGUGGACAAAUAAAGUUGUUUGAAUUGAUUAACUAACUGUAACUAUUGAUUAUGGUCUGGUCCUCUUCCGCUGUCUCUCCUAGGUGCUGACCAGUAUUAAGGCUGAUAAAGGCCAGGCUAACGACGGCCUGUCAUCUGCACUGCUGGUGGUCUACCUGGACUCAGCAAGGAACCUCCCAGUAAGUCACUCCACCUGUGGUAAACUCACUGGAAGAAUAGGAAGAACCACAAGAGCUACUAUAUACUUAAGGUUGAUAAUCCGUUCUGCAGGGUCUAAUGUGUAGCAGAGGUUAAACAUCAAUCAUUGGCCCCAUUUAAACUAUAACUUGGAUGGGGAAACGCACUACAUUGCCUUAACUAAGCACAACUUCUUUCAUUUGUUAGUUAGGAGAUGGUAAUGUCAAGUUUCCUCAAAGGCCAUAAAACAUAAGGUAUUAUUGUGCCAGUCUACUAGUCAUCAGACAGUAUGAGCCUCCCAGUUCACCCCAGCUUCUCUCACCUGCCUCCUCUUCCUCCUCUUCCUCUGAUUGUUCUCUUGCUUGAACUCCUUCCCUUCUCCUCCCUCCUCUCCUCUCCUCGUGAUAAUGUUAAUAUUUAUUCCCUCACACUAAUAGUCUGCCAAAGGGAUACAUUAUUGUAGCUGAAGUUGAUAUACUGUUCUAUAUCACCUGUGAAAUAACAUCUGUUUUGACUCUAUUUGCAUAAAUGCAUAGCGUAGGCAAACCCUGCUUCACAUGUCUCUUUUCAGCCUCUUCUUCUUCUUUGCUUUCUUCUCUCCAUUUCCCUCCUCUGAAGAGUGUGUUCGAGGGGAACUUGGGUUCUGGCCACUUAAAAGAGCGGAGAGCUUCGGGCCUAGUCUUUUGUGAGAAUACGGCCUCUCUCUAUAGGACCUUAUUUGUGAGUCCUCUGGUAUUUUGCAUCCUAGUUAUAGUUUUUUUGUUUGCAAUUUUGACGAUUGAAAUGAGAAAGAAACUCCAAUAAGCAUGUUGACUGUCGUAUGAUUGACUUAUGCACGUAUGUUCUUAAAAUGUUGCAUAAAACAUACAGUGAUUUAACAGUGAGGCUGUCAGUCAUAACUAUGAGGCCAGGUCUUGAGAAAGAUAUUGGUGCAAAAGAGCCAGAGGCAUGUUAGGAGGCCUGUCUGUAGAUUGCUUUCCCUCCAACCCGCUUAUCCAGCCAUUACCCGCCUGUUAAUGGGUUGUUGCCCCAGCAACAAAUGCUCUCUUACCUGUAACACGGGCGUCCUAAGGACACUCACCCUGCCUCGCCUUGUCUCAAAUUCCAGACAUAACUAGUCAUCUCAGAGCAUCUCCCAACUCCAAUAUCCUGUUACACAUGUCUCCCACACUACUCAGUCCAAAAGCAAUGGCAUGACUUAGCAAGGCAUGGUCUGCGUCCCAAAUGGCACCCUAUUCUAUAUAUAGGGAAUAGGGUGCCAUUUGGGAAGGGGGCAGUGACAUGACCUGUCAAGAUAUGUUAACAAUUCUCCAAAGAUGUGUAGCUGACAACAAAAAUGUCAUUUUUAACAACAGCGAAUGAAUAGCUAAUGUGAUACAGAAUGCAAGGAUAUACUACGUCCUGAACGAACUGCUUCACUCUGUGGAUGAACUGUAUUCAUUUAACUGUAGAUGUAUUUGUUGCUAGAAAUGAUGUUGUAUGUGUUGUACGAAAGUACUCAUUAAAAUAAUGAGUACUCACGAAAGUACUCAUUAAAAUAAUGACUCUACUCCAUUUACUUAUAAAGAGAUAAUAAAGUAUCUGGAAUGUCAUAGAUGUACAUAACAACUACAACAUGAAUAUCCCCAUUAUUGGUUGGAGGUUUCACAGAUUCCGUCCUGAUUCUGGGAAUCCUCCAACUGGGAUUUUUAGAAAACCUAGGAAUUUUGGGAAAGUUACUGGAACCUUACCCCAAUUAUUACUUUCUAUUCACAAACACCAUCUCACUCCUGUUACUGGACUGCCUUGUCAGGGUUGGAAUGGUUCUUCUGUUUUCUCCAUAAUGAAUGCGCCUCUUUAUCUCCCAUUGUGUUUUUCCUGGGUAUGUCGUUGUCAAUACACUUCAUGAUUCAUUGGGGGAACCUUCAUUAAUUAACCUUGUGCUCAUCAUGUUGUUUUUGUCUCUGUCUGUCUCUACCUGGCAUCCUGGUUUUGGGGUCGUCUGGUGUGUGGUCGUCAUCGUCGCUCCAUCCAUGAUUUAACCUCCUCCUCUUCCUCCUGCUCCUCCUCCUCCUUGCAUGCCCUGUGCUAAUAACCAACCUGGUGUGUUCAUUCUCUCCUGCCCUGGGGGAAAAAGCGCAAUCCUUUAGAAUUCAACCAUGACGGUUUGAAGAAGGCCUCAGUCAGUAAGGCCAUCAAGGUAAUGUAACAUCCGAGCAUGCAGAGCCAUCCAGACAGACAGACAGACAGACAGACAGACUGAGGAAGACUAAAGGCCCUGUUAAAUACUUUUUUUAAAACACCCUUCCUGUAAUACAGUAAGACUGGUGAAAGCAAUGGGGUGGAAGCUAUGUUUUCAUCUGUGCACUCACUUAUAGAUCAGUGAUUAAGGAUGCAUUUAAGGUAUUUGAACAGGGCCUAGAGAUACACACUGCAGUUGGCCAGAGUUACACUGUAGUAGGGGAACCACAUACAGUACCGUGCUUUUUCUAUUAGGAAGUGGAUUUAGUAUUGAUCAGUUUAUCAUGUACUCGUUUCCUGAAUACAAAUGUGUUGAGUAGUAGGCAAUUUGUGAAAGUGGAAAGCAAUUAAGUUUACUAGACUAGCGUCAACUGUAUCGAUUGAUUAGAUCCCAGUGAGUAAUAUUGCUUACAAGUUGUUCCCCACCCAUGUAUUGCUACAGGACUGCUGCUGGAGCAUUCAAAAUGCCUUGCAAGUUGAUUUGGGUUCCUUGUUUUGUGUAAUUAAUUAUUAACAAACCCCAAACUCUACUAAUUGUGUUUGUGGACUAAAACUGCAUUCCAAGCACCAUAUUCUGAUGUACAUAACAAAUGUGUUGUAUGAGAUAAUUAAUGCACCAAGAAAAUCUAUCUUUAUAUAAGUAUUUCCUCUCUCUUCCAAAUUCAACUCUAUUUCCUGGUGUUAUGGGGUUCUUCUAUAGACAUUUAUGUAACUUCAAUACCUACUUCCUGAUCUCAAGUCUUUAUGCUGCCAUAUUUAGCCAAUGAGGGAUCAGUCCACAUGAUUAGUUUUACAUAAAUCACUUUUAACAGAAUCUUUAUUUCACAAAUAUAUUUCAGAAAUAUAGAGCAUCUGCUGAUGUAAAAAAAAUGAUUUGAAUUAUAUUGUUGAGAAUAUACCCAUUCUACAUAAUGAAAUAAGUUAUUUUAGCUACAAUUCUUAAUUGGUGAAACUGCCACGUCAGUUUUGGGAUAUUACAACAACAAAGAAGAACUGCAAACAACGAACACUGUUGUUGUUGUUUUUCGCUCUGACAUCAUUGCACGUGUGAUAGACCAGCAGAAUAUGUACUGCAGUUUUUUUUACCAUGCUGCCGGACACUCCUCUUCUGCAUUUCAUCAACAAAACAAAAACUAUUUUUAAGUGAUUAGAUAUUUAAACAUUUAAAUACUGAACUUGAUGAGGCUAGGGUGAUACAGUAGUACCUAAUGAAGUUAACAUCUCACAGGGCUAGAGGUUAUGUGUUUUAUACCUUUUCUUGUUGUUUCACAGUCUGGUAAGAAAGUGAGCAGCGUCCCGAGUCCCUUUGUACAAUUCACAGUCGGCCACAAAACCUAUGAGAGUAAGGUAAGCUCAAGACCAAAAUAACACAUUUUCUAGACCCUAGAUUUGUAUGUUACAUUCAGUGGUGUAAAGUACUUAAGUAAAAAUACUUUAAAGCACUACUUAAGUAUUUUUGGGGGGCAUCUGUACUUUACUAUUUAUAUUUUUGACAACUUUUACUUUUACUUUACUACAUUCCUAAAGAAAAUAAUGUACUUUUUACUCCAUACAUUUUCCCUGACACCCAAAAGUACUCGUUACAUUUUGACAGGAAACUUGUCAAAUUCAUGCACUAAACACACAUGCUUCGUUUGUAAAUUAUGUCAGUGUUGGAGUGUGCCUCUGGCUAUCCAUAGAUUUUAAAAACAACAAAAUGCUGCCUUCUGGUUUGCUUAAUAUAAGGAAUUUAAAAUGAUUUACUUUUGAUACUUAAGUAUAUUUUUGCAAUUACAUUUACUUUUGAUACUUAAGUAUAUUUAAAACCAAAUACUUUUAGACUUUUACUCAAGUAGUAUUUUACUGGGUGACUUUCACUUUUACUUGAGUCAUUUUCUAUUAAGGUAUCUUUACUUUUUCUCAAGUAUGACAAUUGGGUACUUUUUCCACAACUGGUUACAUUAACCACAUAAAAUACAGAGGUAUUUCCAGUGCAACGUGAAUAUAAUAUUUCUAGUUGUUAUACUGUCUCUAACAUGAUCCUCCUUCCCUAACCAGACAAGGUAUAAGACCAACGAGCCUGUUUGGGAAGAGGUGUUUACUUUCCUUAUCCACAACCCCAAAUGCCAAGAGCUGGAGGUCGAGGUACAGAAGCAUGCUUUCCCUCCUGAGUGACCUCAAAAUGUCAGCCAUUUAGUCUGGCUUUUGUGUCUGAUUUGAUCUCUGUGGCUAUGAUGUGGGAUUGAGUUGAUUUUGUCUGCUGUUUUAAAUCACGCUUAAAACCCCACAUGUUUAGCUUGGCUUUUCAUCAACGAUUUUACUGUUUUAUGACAUCUUUGCCUCUAGCUUGCCUCAUUUGAUUGUUUUGCUGUAAAGUUUGUUGUUGCGUUUGAUUUGUGCUGUGGCUGUGUGAUGAUGUGUCCCCUUUUCUCUCCUCAGGUGAAGGAUGAGAAACAUGAGUGUUCCCUGGGGACUCUGAACCUGCCCCUGGUCCGUCUCCUAGAGGCUGAGGACAUGACACUAAACCAGCACUUCCCGCUCAAGAACUCUGGGCCCAGCUGCACCCUCAAGAUAAAGAUUGCACUGAGGGUAAGGGUCCAUGAGGGUCUGAAUAGGACUCUUUUACGUUGGCUGUGUCCCAAAUUGGCACCCUAUUCCCUAUAUAGUGCACUUCUUUUGACCAGGACCCAUGCAGGGAAUAGGGUGCCAUUUGGGACGGAGUCAUAUUCACCUUAUUACUCUCCCUGCUAAAUGUUCAAUGUUUAGCCUGACUGCAAUCAUUUCGCAUUUUUGCUUUUAAAAAGAUAUAUACACUACCAGUCAAAAGUUUGGACACCAACUCAUUCAAGGGGUUUUCUUUAUUUUUAACAUUGUAGAAUAAUAGUGAAUACAUCAAAACUAUGAAAUAACACAUAUGGAAUCAUGUAGUAACCAAACAAGUGUUAAACAAAUCAAAAUAUAUUUUAUAUUUGAGAUUCUUCAAAUAGCCACCCUUUGCCUUGAUGACAGCUUUGCACUGGCAUUCUCUCAACCAGCUUCAUGAGGUAGUCACCUGUAAUGCAUUUAAAUUAACAGGUUUGCCUUCUUAAAAGUUAAUUUGUGGAAUGUAUUUCCUUCUAAAUGUGUUUGAGCCAAUCAGUUGUGUUGUGACAAGGUAGGGGGGUAAACAGAAGAUAGCCCUAUUUGGUAAAACACCAAGUCCAUAAUAUAGCAAGAACAGCUCAAAUAAGCAAAGAGAAACAACAGUCCAUCAUUACUUUAAGACAUGAAGAUCAGUCAAUACGGAACAUUUCAAGAACUUUGAAAGUUUCUUCAAGUGCAGUUGCAAAAACCAUCAAGCGCUAUGAUGAAACUGGCUCUCAUGAGGACCGCCACAGGAAUGGAAGACCCAGAGUUACCUCUGCUGCAGAGGAUAAGUUAAUUAGUUACCAGCCACAGAAAUUGCAGCCCAAAUAAAUGCUUCACAGAGUUCAAGUAACAGACACAUCUCAACAUCAACUGUUCAGAGAGGACUGUGUGAAUCAGGCCUUCAUGGUCUAAUUGCUGCAAAGAAACCACUACUAAAGGACACCAAUAAGAAGAAGAGACUUGCUUGUGCCAAGAAACACGAGCAAUGGACAUUAGACCGGUGGAAAUGUGUCCUUUGGUCUGGAGUCCAAAUUGGAGAUUUUUGGUUCCAACCGCCGUGUCUUUGUGAGAUGCGGUGUGGGUGAAUGGAUGAUUUUCCUACCGUAAAGCAUGGAGGAGGAGGUGUUAUGGUGUGGGGGUGCUUUGCUGGUGACACUGUCUGUGAUUUAUUUAGAAUUAACCAGCAUGGCUACCACAGCAUUCUGCAGCGAUAUGCCAUCCCAUCUGGUUUGGGCUUAGUGGGACUAUCAUUUGUUUUUCAACAGGACAAUGACCCAACACGCCUCCAGGCUGUGUAAGGGCUAUUUUACCAAGAAGGAGAGUGAUGGAGUGCUGCAUCAGAUGACCUGGCCUCCACAAUCCCCCGACCUCAACCCAAUUGAGAUGGUUUGGGAUGAGUCGUACGGCAGGGUGAAGGAAAAGCAGCCAACAAGUGCUCAGCAUAUGUGGGAACUCCUUCAAGACUGUUGGAAAAGCAUUCCAGGUGAAGCUGGUUGAGAGAAUGCCAAGAGUGUGCAAAACUGUCAUCAAGGCAAAGGGUGGCUAUUUGAAGAAUCUCAAAUAUAAAAUAUAUUUUGAUUUGUUUAACACUUGUUUGGUUACUACAUGAUUCCAUAUGUGUUAUUUUAUAGUUUUGAUGUCUUCACUAUUAUUCUACAAUUGUAAAAAUAAAGAAAAACCCUUGAAUGAGUAGGUGUGUCCAAACCUUUGACUGGUACUGUAUGUACUACACAUUAUUCAAUGAAGACAAGCAAUGUGUCUCAUAUGAUUAUUUUUAAGCCUCUCCAACCUCAAUGUCCCACUUCUGCAGGUUCUGUGUCUGGAGAAGCUGAUAGCAUCUGACCAAACGUCCUCGGUGCAGGUUCGUAAGGCCAGCACUAGUAACCCCAUCCCCAUGAAGAGACCGUCAGUCUCCGAACCCCCCAACCCUGUCUUAGACCUCCCCAGCUCUGUGGAUGCCUCCACCCAGGAGCUCCACAGGAGAGGGGGGGAUUGCGAGCCCUACUCAGGUGGCCCGGUAGGCAUCGGCCUGGCCGACGCAGGCAGGAGCACCUCCAACCUGGCCAUCUCUGGCUCUCAGAAACACCUGGCCCACAGGGGGUCAACCCCCAGCAUCGCCUCAGACAUCUCCAACCCCUACGCCACACAGGAGCUCCAGCAGAGGCUGAGAGAGCUGCAGAAGUAAGCAUGCAUGAAACCAAGCACACACAAAAACACAUUGAUGCACGCAUGCAGGCAUGCGCACAUACACACCUCAUUGUGACAUAAUCAAAGCAUAAAAUAUAGAAAUAUUGACUAACUUGCAGAUUAUAUUACAGACCUAAUGUGAAGUCUUGUUUGUUAUCAGAACAAUUAGACUAAUGUGUGUGUCUCUGUCCACAGUGGCUCAGCCAGUCAUUUCCCCCUGGGUGAGGUACAGUUGACUGUCAGACACAGCUCUCAGAGGAACAAGCUCAUCGUGGUGGUGCACGCCUGCCGGUAAGAGACAUGACAGGAGAUUUAGCCUGUGUCCCAUAUGGCACCCUAUUACACUGUAUAGGGAAUAGGGUGCCAUUUGGGAUGCAGCCAAAACUGUAGCAUGCCCAUGUUAUUCUAUACACUAAGUAUUGGACAAGGUGUCGGUUGUAUCAGAUGUAUCCACUCUAUUUUCAAUGUACAGUACAAGCUUUUUUAUUUGAUCACACAAUGAAUGCUUUAGUUUUGAUAGUUGUUUUCUGUUAACUCAAAGGAUGUGAUCCAGCUAACUUAAUUGUGUCAAACUACUCAGUUCUCAAUAGGACAUUGAUUUACACUUCAGACUCCAGGAGGGCACAUGUAAUGAGAUGACUGAUGAGCUACAGUAGCCGCCUUGAAUGGAUCUAGUCUAUCUCUGGAUAGUCCACGUUAUCUGUCUGUCUCUCUCUCUCUGUCCCUCUCUAUUUCUGUGUCUUCAUGUCUCUUUCUCUCUAUACAGUGGGGAAAAAAAGUAUUUAGUCAGCCACCAAUUGUGCAAGUUCUCCCACUUAAAAAGAUGAGAGAGGCCUGUAAUUUUCAUCAUAGGUACACGUCAACUAUGACAGACAAAAUGAGGAAAAAAAUUCCAGAAAAUCACAUUGCAGGAUUUGUAAUGAAUUUAUUUGCAAAUUAUGGUGGAAAAUAAGUAUUUGGUCAAUAACAAAAGUUUCUCAGUACUUUGUUAUAUACCCUUUGUUGGCAAUGACACAGGUCAAACGUUUUCUGUAAGUCUUCACAAGGUUUUCACACACUGUUGCUGGUAUUUUGGCCCAUUCCUCCAUGCAGAUCUCCUCUAGAGCAGUGAUGUUUUGGGGCUAUCGCUGGGCAACACGGACUUUCAACUCCCUCCAAAGAUUUUCUAUGGGGUUGAGAUCUGGAGACUCCAGGACCUUGAAAUGCUUCUUACGAAGCCACUCCUUCGUUGCCCGGGCGGUGUGUUUGGGAUCAUUGUCAUGCUGAAAGACCCAGCCACGUUUCAUCUUCAAUGCCCUUGCUGAUGGAAGGAGGGUUUCACUCAAAAUCUCACGAUACAUGGCCCCAUUCAUUCUUUCCUUUACACGGAUCAGUCGUCCUGGUCCCUUUGCAGAAAAACAGCCCCAAAGCAUGAUGUUUCCAACCCCAUGCUUCACAGUAGGUAUGGUGUUCUUUGGAUGCAACUCAGCAUUCUUUGUCCUCCAAACAUGACGAGUUGAGUUUUUACCAAAAAGUUAUAUUUUGGUUUCAUCUGACCAUAUGACAUUCUCCCAAUCCUCUUCUGGAUCAUCCAAAUGCACUUCAGACGGGCCUGGACAUGUACUGGCUUAAGCAGGGGGACACGUCUCGCACUGCAGGAUUUGAGUCCCUGGCGGCGUAGUAUGUUACUGAUGGUUGGCUUUGUUACUUUGGUCCCAGCUCUCUGCAGGUCAUUCACUAGGUCCCCCCGUGUGGUUCUGGGAUUUUUGCUCACCGUUCUUGUGAUCAUUUUGACCCCACGGGGUGAGAUCUUGCGUGGAGCCCCAGAUCGAGGGAGAUUAUCAGUGGUCUUGUAUGUCUUCCAUUUCCUAAUAAUUGCUCCCACAGUUGAUUUCUUCAAACCAAGCUGCUUACCUAUUGCAGAUUCAGUCUUCCCAGCCUGGUGCAGGUCUACAAUUUUGUUUUUGGUGUCCUUUGACAGCUCUUUGGUCUUGGCCAUUGUGAAGUUUGGAGUGUGACUGUUUGAGGUUGUGGACAGGUGUAUUUUAUACUGAUAACAAGUUCAAACAGGUGCCAUUAAUACAGGUAACGAGUGGAGGACAGAGGAGCCUCUGAAAGAAGAAGUUACAGGUCUGUGAGAGCCAGAAAUCUUGCUUGUUUGUAGGUGACCAAUUACUUAUUUUCCACCAUAAUAUGCAAAUAAAUUCAUUAAAAAUCCUACAAUGGGAUUUUCUGGAUUUUUUUUCCUCAAUUUGUCUGUCAUAGUUGACGUGUACCUAUGAUGAAAAUUACAGGCCUCUCUUAUCUUUUUAAGUGGGAGAACUUGCACAAUUGGUGGCUGACUAAAUACUUUUUUUCCCCCACUGUAUAUCUCUCUCUCUCUCCACAGAAACCUGAUUGUGUUCACAGAUCACUUGUCAGAUCCGUAUGUGCGGCUCUAUCUUCUACCUGACAAGCGAAGGUCUGGGAGGAGGAAAACCCACACGCACAAGAAGACACUGAACCCUGUCUUCGACCAGAUGUAAGUUUAAACAUUCCUCUUUACUCGUCUCACCAUCAGACAUCAGUGGAUCUACUGGUGGUGUACUGGUAAUCAUUGUAUAAUUGAAUUGUGUUUGCGUGUUGUCAGAUUUGAGUUCAGUGUGUCGAUCGUGGAGCUACACAGGCGGACUCUGGACGUGGCAGUAAAGAACGGAGGAAAUAUUUUUUCCAAACACAAAGGGCUGCUUGGGAAGGUGAGACUGGACCUGUCCUCUUUUUACAUUUUACAUUUUUAGUCAUUUAGCAGACGCUCUUAUCCAGAGCGACUUACAGUUAGUGAGUGCAUACAUUUUUUUUUUUUUCCCCAUACUGGCCCCCCGUGGGAAUCGAACCCACAACCCUGGCGUUGCAAGCGCCAUGCUCUACCAACUGAGCUACAUGGGGCUACAACAGCACUAUGUUUAUACAUGCAUGCCUUGUCCAUUAUUGGAUGACAUAACUGUGAAUAUACAUUAUUGCUGAUUCACAGGGAAACGUUGCAAUCACUCUUUCUUAUUUACCUGUCCAAGUCUCACCCUACGUCCUUCAUAUCAUGUCAUCCUGACAGGUUCUAGUGGAUCUGACUUACGAGGAUAUCGCAAAAGGAUGGACACAAUGGUUAGUGAAAAUAACUGAAAAAAUACCGUCAUGUUUACUUGUUCUCAAACAAAUUGAGACAUUAUUUGCUCUCAUCACACCAUUUGAGGUACAAAGAAUGAAGCGUAGUCAAUGUAAAUGUAUGUUUGUUAUUCCUGUUUUAUAACAAUGCGUCUCUGUAUUUGCCACUAGGUAUGAGUUGAGUGAGGAUGGUCUGAAAAAACCUCUUCAGCAGCUAUAGACUACACCAUGAGAAGUAGAGGAGGACCUAACCAAGUCUUCACCCAUGUAUCAUUGCCACCAGAGCCCGUAUGUGUCAAGCAUCUCAGAGUAGUGCUGAUUUAUGAUCAGUUUGGCCUUUUAGAUCACAAUAGAUAAGAUAAUAUGGACAUGAAUCCAUAAUCAAUAAGAUUACAUGGACAGGGGGGACAUGAUCAUAGAUCAGCACUCCUACUCUGAGACACAUGAUACAUACAGCCCAGAUCUUGAGCAAACGUAACUGCUUUUCCAUACAGUUGCUUUUAAGACAAUUGUAAAAAAGCUUUUGAUAUUCAUUUAUACACAUCAGUUGCAUUGUUAGCGCU